AUGGUCCUGUGUUUCGGUAAGUUUAACAUGUUGACAUAUUGUCGAUGCGAUUACUCGUCCUCUGAGUGGAGCAGAGAUUAAGAGCUUACGGUUUUUAAACGGUUUUAAUUGUUUAGCACAAUGCUGAACCGGAAACGAUUUCGUUUCGGUGUAAUUGAAUCAGCUCUCUAAAAUAGCGGCAGUAGAUAAAUUUUACCUAUUGAAUUCACCCAGUAGGUUCUUUUUCUUUUUCUGAAAAUUAAACGUGCCUUGUAAAUCGUAUCGAAUUAUAAUAUUAAUACAAAUGUACAAAUUCCUGGUAGAAAAUUCCUUUACAAAACCGGGUACAUAUUAUAAUUUAAACUAUUUUUGAAAAUAAUUACACUCAUUAGUCAAAAUACAUAAUUAUUGUGAAUAAUUUAUAAUGAAUUAUAAAUAAAAACGCAAAAUAUAAAGAAAAUGAGUUUAUAAAUAGUUAAAGAUAUAUAUAUAUAUAUCUAUAUAAAGUUAGAAUUGAGUGGACUGACCAAGUUUUAAAAUUAGAGCUUUUUGAAGUUUUGAUAUGUGUAUUUAUGUUAUGUUAAAUAAAUCUAUACUGUCUUCUUUAAAGUAUGUCUGUCGUAGUUUUAGAUACUUAUUGUCGUGAGUUCAAACCUGGGUUUUGAAAAUACAUUUUUGCAUUUAUUUUUUUCCUUUUACUUAAACAGGGAAAAAUAAAAUGCAAUUUAGGUGAACCUAAAGACCCAGCUAUCGCUCGCUUGGACUAUUUUAAUCGAAAAAUAUCCCUCGAUUUAUUGUAUAAACCUUUCUACCAGAAACCUUACUCCGAUUUUUAAGUGUAGCAGUUUUUCUGAAGGAAAUUUGACUGGGGAGGUACUUUAUUGAGGCCAUUUUUUGAAAUGUAGAAAAACGUAGAAAAAACAGGAAAAUCGGUACAAUAUUAAACAAAUAUUACUAAAAAAAAUAUAUAAUACUUAUUUAAUUAUUUUACCAUAUCAUAUGGCAUACAUAUUGUUGACAAAGCAUCACUAUCAACUGAACUCCGUCUUUAAAAGACGCAUUGUUUUUUUUUAUUCACCGAAUAUUAUUUAAAAAAAAAAAAAAUAUGAAUUUCAUAAAACCGACACCGAGAAAAAAAUCUCGUAAAAUUAUUAAUCUUUUCAUACAUUAAACAAUGCUUUCAUCAUGUUUUCUUUAUGUGUGAUGACAUAUUAUUGUGACGACGAUUUAAAACCGAGUAUCGUACGCAGUAUGGCUUUUAUUUGAUUUUUCUUUUUUUUAAUUGUCUUCAGAAAAAUUAAUAAUAUAUUAUAAUAUUUUUCUACGUUUUGUUUCACUGUGAUAAUAUCAUACUCAAGAAAAAAUCAGUCCGCACAUAUAUAAUAAUAUAAUAAUGUAAUAUUGAUUAGUUGACCACAGUGUCUUUAGUUUUAUAAAAACAAGUAUGUAUAAAAGUAUUUCUUGAGAGAAAGGCAGUACUUUUUUUUAUAAAAUGAGACAGGUGUGUAAUUAGGUGAUUUUUUUUUUAUAGGGGGGCGACAAUUAACCUUUUUCUGAAUAGUUGAUGCUUAUAAAAUGUGCAACUACUGCAUAAAACUCAAUUUUAGAUUCUGAGUGCAGCGAAGAAUGACUAAUUAUUAAUACAUUUAUAAUUUAUUGUGAUUUAUGGUAUAAUAAGGCACUAAUUGACAAUAACAACAAUAGUGAAUUUCUUAUCAUACUGCGCAGAAUGUCAUCCGAAACGUGCAUGCAAGGUUUAAGGAUCAAUGUAAUCUAAUAAUAAAUUGUAUACAAAUAGACCGUUUUAGAUUUUGAGUAGAGUUAAGAAGCUUAUGGUUUUACAAUGUUGUUUUUUUUUUUGUGAUCAACUUUUCUACUAGCAAUUUUGUUCCAAUUUCCAAAGAUAGUACUUUUUCUAAAAGGAAAUCUGACUGGAGAGGUACUUUAAGGAGGGAAUUUUUUGAUUUUCUCAGGAGUUUUCCCAAUAAAUGUGAAAAAACUAGGGAAAAUAGGUUUAAAUAAAUAAAUACAUAUUAAAAAAAUAUUAUUAAAGAAAAUAUAUAAUACUUAUGUAAUUAUUUUAUUAUAAUAUGAUAUAUUUAUAAUUUGGACUGCUAGCUAAGGAGAUACGACGGCAAUCUGGAGGACUUUUUCAAAGCAACUCCGUAGACAGUGGCCUGGCUGGAUUCUCUAGAUGAUAAAAUUGUAUGACAUAUUAAAUUGAUCAUCUGUUGUUUAAAUCUUAAAAUGUUUAUUGAUUUAUUAUAUUAGUUACUUAAGUUAGUAAUUUAAUCUAGUGGUAUUGUUCAUUUUAGGUAAUAAGAAUAAAAAAAAAAACGGACAUACUUCGCACAAUGGGUGAGAAGUUGGGAAAACCUACCUUCCCAACUUCUAGAAGAGAAUUAAAUUUAUAUCUGUGCAUUACGAUAAACCAUUGCUAACGAAAAACGAUUCGAAGCGAAGUUUCUUUUAUAAAUGUUUCUUUUUUACGUAAAUUGUUUUGUUUUUCCUACGUUUUUCUCGGUUUUCCUAAUUAUUAUGAAAACAGUUUUUAAAAUCAAAAAAUGACAUUCUUUAAGUACUACCCAAAUAAAAUUACAUUUCAGAAAAAGUACUUCAUUUGAAAAUAGGAGCAAGAUUUUUGGCAGAAAAAUUGUUUCCAGAUUACAAAAAAAAAACAUUGUAUGUAAAACCAAUAGGUAAAUUCCUCACUACGAUCCGAAUCUAAAAUAGUUGCUCAAUGUUCAUAAUAAAUUAUUCGAGCAACACUACAACUUAAAUGCUAGGACCUCGUAUUUUUCGGAUUUAAUACUGUUCGGGCAAUAUAUUUUUCGAUUAAAUAAUUUUGUGGUUAAAAUACUGUGGAGAUUAAAUUUUGGAAAUCCGGCAGUAGUUCAUAGUACGAUGAAUCGUUAAACUUGUUUCUGUGUGUAAAUUUCCCGACCUAUGCAUGGGAUUGAUUUUUUUAUAAAUCGCGCAAAGACUUACACUUUAUAAUAUAAUAUAUAUAUUUAUAAGAAUAAUAAUAUAAAUUAGUUUUUUGGUUUUUAAUUUUCAGCACUUCAUGAAAUAAUAGUAAUUGUUUCACUAACAUUGGUGCACUAACAAAAUAUAACUACUCGUAAUUUAUUAUUCACGGUGGUCAAUGAAAAGACACUUAUACUUACUUAGGAAUCGUGUAAACAGUUUUUUUUCCAAUUACAGAUCUUGUUAUAGGUUAUUAAAAUUAUUCUUCUUCGCCUUUAUUCUACGCGCAAUAGUCAUAUUAUACGAAUACGAUUAGAUUAAGUUACCUUAGAACCCUACUUUACUGUCCUUAGUCUCCUCCUUUUUUCUUUCCUUUCUUGGGGAAAAUUCAUUAAAUUUGGACAAUUUAGUACACUUGAUAUUAUUAUUAUAAACCACUUUCGAAUAUAAAAUGACAUAUCUAAAUUACUUUUUUUAUUAUUUAUUUUUAAACGUAUAUAAUAUUAUUUAGUUGAUAUUGUUUCAUUAUUUAAUCCAUUACAAAUUCAAUGAUAUUAUAAAACAUACAAUUUGUGUGUACCAUGUGGUUAUGUGGAUUCUUCGAUCGGGUGUCAAAAUAUUAAUUGAUAUUAUCUCGUUAUCUAUGUAUAAAAAUGUACACGUGAUUAUAAAGUUUAAAAUAUUUUAAUAGAUCAUUUUUUAUUUUUUUUUUUUUUUUGAAAUACUGUUGAUAAAAUAAUAUACAUCCAAUCGGUACCUAGUAAUUAGCACACUAUUACACUAUAUUAUUAAAUAAAUUAUUAUAGGUAAUAUUGCAUUGACUAUAGACAAUGGUAAUAUUUAUCAAAUAUAAUAUGAUAUUAUAUUUUUAAUAAUCAUAGCUGUCAGUGAAGAGGGAUAAGGAAAAGAUUCAUUGGGAAGUUGAGAAUGUUUUUUUUUUUUAAUAUUACCAUUAUAGAUACGAUAAAAUAAGAAAGUAAAUAAAAUAUUAUACCAAUUACAAUUUGUGUUAUGAAAGAAUGUGUAAGAAAUACAAAUUUUAAAUAAGCUAAUACUGCUGAUGUGUGUUCUACUAUUGUUGGUGAGAAGUUGGGAAAGUAAGAUAUAUAGUUAUUUAAAUUAAAUAUGUAAUCAACUAUAAAUCAUUGUUAUAAUGAAAAAUAAAAACCAACAAAUGAAUUCUAGAAAAAAUGCUACUUUUGAAAAUUAGAAAAAAAUUUUGGUAGAAAAAAAAAAUUAAACAAAUUUUAAAUAAUGCAGUACAAAUAGCAAAUGCCCAUUUUUCGUAUAUGUUUUUUCUAAUUAUUAUGAAAACCACUUGUAUUUUCAAUAAAUUCCUUUUUCAAUGCACCAAUUUAAUCCAAAAUUCAACAAAAAAAGACCCUUGUCAUGUUGGUUGGAGAAAUAUUUUUUGUAGAGAAAUAUUUAACAGAUGCAUAGUAAAACUAAUAUAUUCCUAGUUAAGCUCAGAGUCUAAAAUUUAAUAAAUUUAGUUAUUCAGAACCUUGAUUGUGAACGUAAAAUGAAAAGAAGAUAAACUAUUUGGCUAUAAUAUGUUGUACUACCUAUAACUGUAACUGUAACUAAAAAUACAAAAUAUUGGUUGCUAUAAUUGUAUCAGUGGCGUAUUGAUAGGGUGGCAUGAUGGGUAAUGAGCUUUGAGACCAUGCCAUUUAGGUGCUUUAAAUCAGGGCGCAAGGCAUAAUUUUGAGUUGUGAGUUGAUGGACAAAAAUCUUGAAUAUUUUACCACGGGCAUUAAAAAUUCUAAGUACGCUACUGAUAUCUAUAUAGAUAGGCCAUAUGAUAUAAAAAAAAAUAUAUAUGUGAUUUAGUGCUAGAAAGGUCAGUAUCAAAAUAAUAAUUUAAAACUUGGAAGUUGGAAAAAUCCAUAACUAUUGUAAUGGGUACAUAUUUUUUUAACAUUUACCCUUCUUGCACCAAGGUAUGGCUAAAUAUUACGAAUUUAUAAAAUAUUAUAAAAAAUGUGGGUUCAUCUUUAUAAAGGUCGAGGGUGAUGUCUUAUUUUUACUAUUUUAUAUGUCAUGGUCGUGGAGUACGUGUUGCGUUUACAAUUUUUUUUUUUUUUUUAUACAUUUUAGCCAAUAUUCCCAAAAGUCCUGGGACUGAAAUUGUGUAUAGUACGAUACACUUUGUGUAAUACAAAAUAAUGUUAUGUGUACAGUAUGAAAUUAAAAAGUGUGUAGUGGCUAUAUUAUGAUAUUUAUUUGCAUAAGUUUUUAAUUUUAUAUUUUUUUGCACUUUAAAUAAUUAUUAUUAGAGAAAAAAAAAUAUAAAAUUAAUCUGUCUUAAAAUUUUAAAAACAUGUAAAAACUCUUAGAACAUUGACAUUUAUCACAUAUUAUUUAUAAAGAUCACGGGACAGAUUAGAGGCACAGAUUAGAUGAAAGGUAGAUACUUAUAUUAUCGAUGUUUAAUUUAUAAGUAAUACAUUAUUAAAUAAAGAAUCAAAACCUGGUCAAAACUAAUCAUAUGUGUAAUUAAUAUGUAUUAUAUUUAUGAUAAAUAAAUUGUAUCAGUAAUUAGUUAUGUAUUUUAGAUUCUGAAUGAAACAAAAAAGAUUAUGGUUUUAUAAUGACGUUUAUUUUUUUUCCUGUAUACAAUUUUUCUACCAGCAAAUUUGUUCCAAUUUACAACAAUAACACUUUUCCUGAAAACAAAUCUGACUGGAGUGGUACGUUAGAGAGGUCAUUUUUUGGUUUUCCCAGGAGUUUUCUCAAUAAAUGGAAAAAACCGAGAACAGUAAAAUAGGUAUAAUUUUAAACAAAUAUUGUAAAAGAAAAUGUUUAAUGCAUAUUAUUUUACCAUAAUGUAAUAUAUAUAUUGUUGACAAAACAGCACUAUCAACUGAACUCCGCUCAGAAUAGUUUUUUCAUUAGCAAUGGUUAAUCGUUGCUUACAGAUAUACAUUAAAUUCUUGUCUAUAUCCUACCUUCCCAACUUCCCACCUAAAACAGUGGCUGCACCCAUCCCCAUUAUUCUAAGAUAGCUUUUUUAAGAGUUUGAAAUAAUUUAUAAAAACAAACAAACAAAUAUACUAAUUAAGUCCCUCAGAAAAAAUGUCUUUAAGGUAGGUAACUGCUAUAUAAAUUUAGAAUUCAGUAUAAAAAAAAAAUUGGACUAUUUGUUCUUAUAUGAUACACCACGGAGAACAAUUUAAAUUUAAAUUAAUUUACGAGUGGUUAUCUUUUCGUUGAUGCGCUGAUCAAAAAUUCCUCCACCACAACUAUAUAAUGGUGGGGGUAAGAGGGUGGUGAUACCUAGGUAUACGAGUAAUAGAGUAAUAGGGUUUAAUAUAAAAUAUACAGUACGAAAAAGUAUAUGUUUGCAUUUUGAUCCGAUCCUUUACACCGUCCUCGCAUACCUAUCAUCCUCAUAUCAUUCCCAACUGGAUCCAACCACCUCUUUUUUUUUCUUGUUCCCCCCCCCCUUUUUACCCCUACGUUAAUUUUCAUUACAAUUCUUACUACUUCUGAUCCCUUAUGACAUGCCUAAACCAUCUUAAUCUAUGUUUCUCGUUUUGUCUAUCGAAGCCAUAUCUAAGCUAACUCUUGUAUUACUCAUUCCUUAUCCUAUCUUCUCCCGUCACUUCACUCAUCCGCUUAAUCAUUCUCAUCUUGUCUACACUCAUUCUCUAUUCUAUUUUUCUAUCUACCACCCAACACUCCGAAUUAUACACCAUAGUCGGUCUCACCAUACUCUUGUAUAUUGUGUAAUGAUAAUCAAACUGUAUUUAUAUAUUACGAUUGCGGACAAAAACAUGUUUGUAAAUCAAAUAAACAAAUAUUCAAAAAUGUAUUUGGCCUUCUUGUGAUUUUAAAAACUUACAUUGUAAAUUGUGCUCUUUUGACAUAGACAUGGAAAAGAUUAUCAGUGAUAAUAUGCUUCUCAAUCUCAUUCAAGGUGUAUACUUGAUACACCUUGAUCCCAUUAAUGUAGCGUAACCACUAUAAUUACGAGCUUCCUUCAGUAUAUUAAUUUUUAUUAUUUAUUAGUGAUAUUCACAAUCGUUUGAUUGUUAACGAUUAAUAUCCUUUUAAAUCUAUUAUAGAUUCUACUCGUAUAAAUUAAUAUAAUAUACCUAAUUCGAAUAAAUGAAUUACCCCUUUUUAAUUAUUAGAUUAGUGCAAAUUGUUAUUGUGAUAUUUUUAAAAUUAAUACAUAUAUUAUACAUAGGUAAAUUAAAACUAUUACAAGAGCCUAGCAUAAACUAAAUUAACUCGUUUUGCAAUUUUCAAAUUUCAAUAGUUUAUAUUUAAACGAUUUUUUUUUUUUCUUAACUGUCUCAUUGGUAAUCGCUAAAUAGGUAUAAUAAUAUUAUAAUAUACAAUAAUUACUAUAGAUAGUAUAAAAUGAUGGUAUCUUAUUUAGGUUAUUUUAAUUUAAUUGGAUCUUCGUAUUUUUUUUAUAUUAAUAUUAAUUAACAAUUUUUUUUAAUAGACUUCAUGCACGUGUGAAACUGUGUAUAAUACUUUAAGUUUAUUUAAGUUUUUACCUAACUGCACUGUGUACAAAGUCACUAUAAUACUUGUAUCUUCGAGUGGCUAAUACAACAUAAUAAUAAUGUGUCUAAACUCUAAUUGACGAUCAUGUGAUUUGGUUUAAAUUAUUAACUAAUGUUAUGUUGGAUUAUACGUCUUAUGAUAUAUAUAUAUAAUAACCACUUGUAGCGUAAUCUACAGGUUAAUAUUGAGUUAACCACAAAAAAUAAAUAAAUAAAUACAAGAUGAAUAACAGGCAGUUCUUAAUCUUUUCUGGGUCAUAUAAUCGUUAUGAGAUAUUAUAAUAUAAACUAUAAAGCAUACCAAACGUGACCAGAACCACUAUAGCUAUAAAGAUUGGCAAAACUGGCUCAUGUAAAAAGUGCAUACUUAAGAGCAAGAUUCCUGGUAAAAAAGUCGUUCCUAGACAGAAAAUAAAACAAAUCAUAGUAAAACCAAUUGAUUUCUUGUUUGGCUACGAAUCUAACACUUAUACCUAGAACUUCGUAAUAAUCAAUUAUUUAUAGAAAAUGUGUUAUUAAAUAAUACAAUUAACAAAAAACAUUUUUAAAAUAAAUUACGAAUGAAGAACAAUAAAAACGAUGAAUACAAGUUGAUAUAUUAUUUUUAACGCAAAUAGUACUAAAUAAAUAAUUAGUAUUUUAAUUCAACAUUUAGCUACAAUAUGAUUUAUAUUUUCUUAAUCUCUUUAUCUUGUUAAAUUUUCAAUUCAUAUUUUAUCAAUUUAUGCAUAAUUUCAUAAUCAAUUAUUACAAAAACAGAACAACUGUAAACUAUGGUUAUUAUUAGGUAUUUUACGAAUAUUUAACAAGAUUUGAAAUUUUGUUAGUCAAUGGUGUAUUUGUAUCAAAGUAGCGUAAUCUCCUGAUUUCAACAAAUUGAUCUAAAAAUUAAUGGGGAUCUCCUUUAAACUAACUAAUUAUUUAGUGAAACCCACAUUCCAAAAUACGAAACUGUAUGAGAAAUAGAGCGCAGGCGGAUAGAUGGAUGCGGUCAUAUACAUAAAGUAGCUUAUGUUAUAGGUAAUAAGUUAUUAUUUAUCAUUGACUUUAUUUUUUGUUCUUUUUUCUAAUUAAUCGUUAUAAUUUGACUUAACACCAUCGUUUUUAAACGAAUUUGAUCAAUUUUAAUAAUAAAACAACACAACGCUUAUACGGUUUAUCCACAUAUACAAUACAAUAAUGUGGAUCAAAGUCCAUCUAUAUUAUUUGUAAGACUUAUUUUUUUUAUUUAUUGUUUUUAUCUAAAUUCUCUGGUUGCGUAAGUAAAUAUUAUAAUAUGAUACAUUGACAGAAAUUUCAAACACUUAUUGUUUACAUAAUAUUCGCGAUAAACGUCAGUACACAUGCAGUGGUGUUUAACUUAUAGUCUACUCAUAUUGCGAAAUAUGCUGUGUUUGGAAGGAAUAGAUUCAAAGGAAUUCGUUUUUCAAAGAAACAAGUUCCUUUGAUUUCGUUCACUUUUCAGAAAUUUAUUGGGAACGGAUCUGUGAAAGAACGUAUUAAAAUUUCGUUAAUUUUUUUGAAUAAAUGCAAGAAUGAUUUUUGUUAAGUAGUUUAUUUUUUCUUAGGUUAAUUUAUCUUAUUUUAAUCAAUAUAGUGAAUAAAUAUAUGAAUAAAAAAAUGUAUUUAUAAAAGUAAAAUAAUUAAAUGAAUAAAUGCGUCACCUGGAGUAUUAUGAUUAGUGUAUUAUAUGACUGGUUUGGAAUUAAAAAUUCAUCAUCAGGUAUAUCACAGUCAAAAAGUAAAACGCGACUGAAUGUAAAAAAUUAAAUGAAGGAAUAUAUAAAAAAAAAUUUACAAAUUGGUCAUUUUACCUAGACUAUAGAAAUAAUUUAUUUUAAUAGGAAAGAUUAAUUAAAAUGGGUAAUUAUUAAACAUAGAUAUGUUAUGAAAUAUAAAUCAUUUGGUUAUUAUUUAUUAUCUAAAAUGUAUUGAUAUAUGAUAUUAGUUUUCUUUAUUUUGUUGUAUAUAUGUAGUUCUUCUAAAACUGAAUUAAUGUUAAUUUUAUUUUGAAUAUAUAAUAUCUCUAAGUCUAUACGAAUAUCAAAGUUUAUAUUAAUGUUAUUUUCUAAAACGUGUUUUUGUAAAAUUUGAAUUAGGGGCGGUAUUUUUUUGAUUUUAUUUCAAAAAUGUGUUCUUUAUAUUUUAUUUUAAAAUGUCUAUUUGUCUUACCUAUAUACAGUUGAUUAUAGUUACAUUUAAGUUUAUAUAAACCAGCAUUUCAAAAGAAGGGGGAUUUUUGUAAAGUUUUUAGUUGUAUUGUUUAUAUGUUUAAUUAAAUUAUUAUUAGUCUUAAAAACGAUUUUUACAUUAUUUGUAUUAUUGUUCAGAAUUUUAGCGAAUUCAUUGGACAUAUUAUUUUGUUAUUUCAUACUACAAUAGUUGACAGCAUUAUUUGGUGAGUUGUGUAUUAUUUAUUCUUUAAUACGUUUAUGCAUAUUUUUAAUAGUAUUUAAAUUGAAAUUAAAUCUAUGGGCUAUAUUAUAGAUAAUAUUGAACUCGGGUUGAUGUAUUUGUUUAUUUAAUGAAAUACGUUUACAUAAUUAAACUAUAACAAAAUAUACAGUCCAUGUAUAAAAGCAUAUUAUAGAUAUGUUUAUGACACGUUCAUUUUAUUUAGAUAUUAAAUAGACAAGCAGAAAAUUUAGUUAACUACUUGAACAAAAUAAAUAAAAACAUUCAAUUUUCACUCAAAAUACAAAUAAAUAAUAAAUUAAAUUUCUUGGAUAAUACAGUGUCCAUAAUAAACCAUAAAUUUGAUUUUAGUAUUUACAGAAAACCUACACAUGAUUUUAAUCAUCCUUUUUCUCAAAAGAUAAAAUGUAUUUAUUUAUUUAUUUUAUAAUUUUUAUGUAUUAACUUUCCAUUUAUAUAUUUAUUUACGAGUAUUAAUAAUUUUAAUAAUUUUGUUUUUAAUUUAUUAUUUUAUUGUUUAUUUAAAUAAUUUUUAAAUAUAAUAUGAAAGUAUGGUUAUUUUUUUUUUUAGAAUUUAUUCUGGAAUUAUUUAUAAAAAGUUUUAUAAUUUUUCUUUAGAAAUUUAUACAUCAGAAUUUUUUAUUUAUUAACUCUUUCAACCCAAAAAUUAAUAUUUCUUUUAGUUAAAACUUUGUUUUGUUUCAUAAUAUUAUGUAUUAAUAAUACAUACACUUUUAUUUACAUCUAUAAAAAAAUAACAAGUAUUUACUAUUAGUAAUACGGCAUAAACUCUAUACAUUUUUCAACGUCUUUUUUAAACAUUUAUUAUCUUCUAUCUUCUAACUGUAUAUAUUAUAUAUAAAUGAAUGUACUAUGUCUGUUUGUCCUUUAUGCAUUGCUACACCAUUAAUACGACCGCUAUGAAACCUUAGGAAUUAAGUUGUUCCUCGUUGUCCGGAGAAGGUUUAUCGGUAGUUAUUAAAAUUCACCCACUAUAUUGACUACCAUUCCCUAAAAUUCAGUUUUUAAGUAUUUUUAGUAUAAAAAUCUUUUUAUGAUUUUUUUGAUGGUUUUUGUUGAUUUAUGGGCUAAUUUGAUAACACAGAUGAGGGAAAAAAAACAUUAUUAUUAAUUUUUUUUUAAUAAAUUAAUAAAGUAAAAACAAAAUUAUUAAAAUGGUUAAUUCUCGUAAAUAAAUAAAGUAAUUUAAUAGAUAAAUAAAAAAUGUAUAUAUAAAAAUAAAAUUAACUAAUUAAUGAAUGCGUCGCCUGGAUUAUUAUGAUAAAUGUAUUAUAUGACCGGUUUCGAAUUAAAAAUUCAUCAUUAGGUAUAUCACAGUCAAACUGUAAAACGCGACUAAAUAUAAAUAAUUAAAUAACCAAAGAAUUUAUACUUCUUAACAUAUCUAUGUCUUAUAAUAACAAAUUUUAAAUAAUCUCUCCUAUUAAAAUAAAUUAUUUCUAUAUUCUACGUAAAACGACCAAUUUGUUAUUUUUUUUUUCUUUAUGAAUUCCUUCAUUUAAUUUUUUAUAUCCAUUUGCAUUUUACAUUUUGACUGUGAUAUACCUGAUGAUGGAUUUUUAAUUUUAAACCGGUCGUAUAAUACACUUAUCAUAAUACUCCAGGUGACGCAUUCAUUAAUUCAUUUUAUUUUUAUAUAUACAUUUUUAUUUAUAUAUUUAUUUAAUUUUUUCUAUUGCAAUCUCUGUGCUGUGAGAGUAUCUAUGGUAAUAGAAUAUAACGAUAAUUUAUUUAUUAACUUUAUUUAAAAACUUUUUUAUUAUACGGUUAAAGCCAGACGAAACGCUUAUACAUUUUUUCCAAUAUAUCCCCUGUUGAGAUUUGCAGAUCUGUAGGUUAGGUGUUUGUAAAGUCAAUAAUAUAUUAAAAUAUAAUAAAAUAUACAUGUAUGUGUGUAGCCAUGUAAGUAUAUAUUAGGGCUGAGUACCAAAUCGAGAUUACGAUCAGAAUCGAUUAGUAUUGAAACAAAUGUCACAAUUCGUUUGAUUUGGAUUGUACUAAUCCGGAUUAAACUGAUAGAAUCCAAAUCUAGAUUAUGUAAUUUUAAUCCGCAUACCGGAUAUGUCAAAGUAUUGCUCAGCAUUAGUUUACAAUGGCCAUCCGGAGAGCCGCUGAUAUAAUUUAAUAUUUAACAAAAUAUCAUAUCUUAAUCAAAAUAAAUAAAUAAUAAUUUAAAGUCGUCGACCUUGGAUGUUCGGAUUGUUAGUAUACCUAGUUUAUAUACUGAAUCAACAUUUAAAUGAAAACACAUUUUUUUUUCAAUCAUAAAUAUAGAACAAUUGAUGCAAAUAUUAUAUAUUAUCAUAUGAAAUCAACAUCUUUUUUUUAUGUAUUUUGAAUUAAUUUGACAUUAAAAAUGGAUCUAAUUUAUAUCGAAUAUUCACAAAAAUGAAUAAAAUAACAAAAAUGCAAAAUAAACGGUUCAAUUAUAGACUUUAUCCAUUAAAUUGCUGUCCAAAUUACGUAAGUAUUUAUUGGAAAACAUACAUUAUACACACAUUUAUUUGGAACACAUUAUCCUGAAACAGUAACAAUAAUAAAAAAAAAAAGGACGGGACAUACUUUGCAUGUAGGUGUAGCCACUGUAGUAGGUGUGAAGUUGGGAAGGUAGGAUACAGACGAGAAUUAAAUGUGUGUCUGUAAGUAACGAUAAACCAUUGAUAAUGAAAAAUCGAUUCUGAGCAAAGUUAGGUUGAUAUAGUGGUGCUUUGUCAACAAUGAUAUUGUUAUAUAUACAUAUAUAUAUUAUAGUAAAAUGAUUACAAUGUGCGUUUUCAUGACAUCAAUGAUUGUUUAAACAAAUAUUAAAAUAAAUAUAAUAAUAAUAAUAAAUAUAAUAUAAAAACUCAAUAAUAACAAUAGAUAAAUAAAAACGUUUUCCAAUGAUAAUCUAAUUUUUACCUUGCAGUCCUUUAACAUAAAGAACCAGGUUUUUCUCACUAUCUCAAAUAUUGAUGAAAAUUUAAAAAAAAAUCACUUCUUUUAAGUACCACCCAGAGAACAUUUCCUUUCAGAAAAGCUGUAAUAAUAAAUAAUCAGAAUAAGCUUUCUGGUAGAAAAAAUGAACACAUAAAAAAAAUAAAAAAUAAAAGUAAGAUAAUGGGGACGGGUGCAGCCACUGAUGUAGGUGGGAAGUUGGGAACGUAAGAUAUAGACGGUAAUUUUAUGUAUAUCUGUUAGUAACGAUAAACCAUUGCUCAUGAAAAUACGAUUCUGAGAGGAUUUCAGUUGAUAGUAAUGCUUUAUCAACAAUAUAUAUGUUAUUUUGUUGUAAAAUAAUUAAAUAUGCUUUAUAUAUUUUCUUUAAUAAAAUUUGUUCUACCAAUUUUCCUAGUUUUCCUACGUUUUUCUUGGUUUUAUCCCAGUUUUUCACAUUUUCUGGGAAAACUCUUGGGAAAACUAAAAAUGACCUCCCUAAAGUACCUCCUUACGUCGAUUUCCUUUCAGAAAAAAUGUUCACGUAGAAAUCCAAGCAAGUCUUCUGGUAGAAAAGUUGCGCAUAGGUAAAAAUAAAAAUAAAAUAAACAUCUUUGUAAAACCAUAAGGUUCUUCGCUCCACUUAGAAUCUAAAAUUAAAAAAUCAUCAUUGUAAAACUAAUACAUUUUUUGCUAAACUCAGAAUCUAAAAUGUACUGUAAAUUCAAAUCUUGGACAUCAUCUAUUCAAUCAGUUAAUCGAUUUAGUGAAGAAAUAAAGAUUCUGAACACAGAUUUUAAUUCGGCGUGAAAUAUACAUGAAAACAUCCAGAUAAGUUUUUUAAGUUAAAAUUUAAGUUAAAGUUAACUCUGUUGGUAUACAAAACAUUUGAUUUCACCUUGAAUCAAUACGUUAACAAUCGUACUGUAAAAGUAAACAAUAAAAUAAUAUAGACAUGAGAAAUUGCAGAUGAGCUUGUGAACACGUGAUACGUGUUUUAGAGGAAAACUACUUAUCGCGUACUUUACAAAAGUAUAUUCCCCUAACAUACAUUACGCAUAUUACUCACACAUAAAUACUCUGGCAGUAGAGGGGGAAUUUAAUGUAUAUCUGUAAGCAACGAUUACCCAUAGUCAAAGAAAAAACAAUUCUGAGCGAAGUUCGGUUGAUAGUGCAAUGUAUCAUAUGUGUAUUUUAUAUUAUGGUAAAAUAAUAAUAUAUGCAUUACAUAUUUUCUUUCAUAAUAUUUGUUUAAUAUUGUACUUAUUUUCCCCUUUUUCCUACAUUUCUACCGGCCAUCCCAUGUUUUCCCGAUUUUUCUCAUUUAUUGAGAUAAUUCAUAGGAAAAUAAAAAAAUUACCACCUUAAGUACCUUCUCAAUCAAAUUUUAUUUUAGGAAAAGUGCUACACUUGUAAAUUAGUCCAUGAUUACUGGUAGAAAAGUUGUUCGCUCCGCUCAGAAUCUAAAACAAAAUUAAAAAUAAUACAAUAUACGUUUUCCCGUUUUUCCCCAAUUAUUAUGAAAACUUCUUGAAAAAUCAAAAAAAUAACCUUUUUGUACCAGUGUAGCACCCAUAUAAAAUUUUCUAUAUUUGAUGUUUUUCAAAUAAAUUGUUGUCUAAACUUUAACGAUUUAUAUUCCGAAUUCCCCCUUACCUAAAAUUAUCCCGCCCGUAUAUUUUAUAAAAAAUAAAAAUCAUGUCUAUCGGUAUCCUAAAACCUCUUACAUAAUCAAUGAUCGCCUACAUCAUAAUCAUUCAUCAUGCACGGGACGGUUUAUUUUUGUAUAGAAUUAUAACUGAGUAUACUCGUAUUAUAUUAAAUAUCCGUGGUCCCACAAUAAAAACCUUUUUAUUAAUAUUAAUUAGAUUGGGUAUUCAUAUACAUAUAUUAUAUACAUUUUUUUCUCAUAGUUUAUAGAGUAGAUACAGGCCUAAGGAUAUUUUCUUUAUCUAGGUAAAACAAAUUUUAAUUUUUCAUUAUAAAAUAUUAAAUGACACAAUGAGAAAGUAAUUUAAAACACGAAUUGAAAACAAAAUAUUUUAAAUCAUAUAUUUUAUUUUCAAACGUUAACAAUUUCUUUUUUAAUUGUAUAUUUAUGAGCUUAGUUCAUACCUAUAAGUCACCAAUAGUCUUGUUAUGGUCAUAUAUGUAUAGUCUAAUCUUUGGCUCUAUAUAUAACAAUUUGGAUUUCAAAUGUUUAUGUAGUGUAAAAUACAUCCUCUCUGUCUUAUAAAUAUGCCCAAUGCUGCUCAUGAUUUUAGUACUCCAGUCAUUGUUGAUAGUCAUAAUCAAACCAAGAUACUCGAGCUAUUGGUUCUUUUCUAAGGCAUAUAUUAUCUAACAUUCAUAUCCUUCUCUUUUUUUGGUAGUAAUUUCAUCACUUCUAUUUUUUUAUUUUUGGUUUACUCUCGGAUCUGCUGAUUCAGCCUGAAGUGAUCUUGUAUUUAGUAAUACUACAUUUUUGCUACAUCGUAUCAGGUUAAGGUCAUCUGUAAAGCGAAAUCAAUCCAUACAGCAACAAUACUAGUUUCUAAGAUAUUAUCUUGAAUACUGUGUAUUACCUUUUAUAAGUGUAUAUUAAUUAAUAGCGUUUUAAACACGAGUUCAAAACUAAAUAUUUUCAACAAAUCAACUCUACUUUGUGCCUAUACUUGAUUCUUACUUAUAUUUCUGCGAAUGGUAUUAAUGUGAUCGCCACAAGAAUAAAUGAUACAUUAGUACCUACUUAAAUUAAACAGUUACUAAAUAUUUUGAAAUAAAGUCUUUCUGUAUUGUAGUCGUUUUUUUUUUUGGAUUCUGAGUGAAGCAAAGAAUGCAUUGUUUUUACAAUGAUGUUUAAAUGAUAAAAAUAGAGACUUUACAUUUGGACAGAAAACUUAUAUUUGCCUUCUUUAGACGUGGUAAAAUUUUUAAAUUUAAAUUUUGUCAAUAUUGUACGUAAUUUUUAUUCGGCAGGUACUCUGUGGAUAAAAUUGUCAAUCUAAACAGAAAUACUUGACAAUUUAACAUGAGGUUCAUAAAAAGUCGUACUUAGUAGUAAAAAAAAUUGAGCAGUUUGUUUUUUAUAAGAAUUGUUAUAUCAAAUAAAUUGUACUUUGUGAUCAAAAGAAAACAAAUUUUAUCUAUAAGAAUUUACUAUCAAAUUUUGAUGAAAAUUGUUUUAGUAAAAAAUUAUGUGGAACAAAUCUAGUUACUGGUCCAUACAAAUUGUUUUAAUGAAUUAUAUUUAUUUUACAAUAAUAUAUAUAUUAUAUAUAAGUUGAAAAAUCAAUACUAUUAAAAUUUAAUGGUAUUUAAUGAGUUCCGCUCAGAAGCGUUUUUCAUUAGCAACAACGAAUCUUUGCUUAUAGAUAUACAUUGAAUUCUCCUUUAUAUCCUAUACCUUCCCAACUUUUCGUCUACGGCAGUGAUAUUUCGCUGAUUAAUCAAUAUAGUAUCAAUAGCUAAUAUAAAUAUGUAUAAUUGCAGGUUGUUGUUCUCGUGGAAAUUAUACACGAAUAGAGGAAAACGGUACACCGUCACAGCCAAUUGACAAUUUAGACGUGGAACACAUCAAUAUAAAAUGUGGAUAUUGUUACAACGAUUUGAAAAAAAUAAUAUUUCAUGUUAUCGCGAUAUGCAUGCUCGGUGUACCAUAUUUGGUCGUCCACUGGUCAAUUACAUUGAAAACGUUUUUUCUCAUGACGCCCAGUUUUCUGUCGACGGCCGACGCUGUUCUUGUUACUGUAAGUAAAACAAAUAAUAGAAAAUAUAUGUAUAAUACAUAAUUAUAAAAAUUAAGAAUUGUUUUUUGCCACGAUUUUUAUAUACUUUUUAUUAUAAGAGUGAACAAAAACCAAAAGGAAAAAAGAUCCGUCUGGGGACGGGUGCGGUCAAUGUUGUAGGUGGGUAGUUGGGGAGGUGAGAUAUGAAGUUAUUUAAUUUAUACCUAUACGUAUUAUAAUGAACAAAUAAACUUCUUGUUAAUUUUUCAAGAAUUUCAGAAAAGUUUAACAGUUUUAGUUUUUAUUCACCUAUUAAAUAAAAAUUACGUGAAAAACUCGCAAAAUUAAAAUGUCUAUAAAAAUUUAAAAAAUACCUUAAAUAUUUUAAAAUUUUUACCACAUUUAGUAAAAGUAAAUUUAAUUCUUAUGUAAAAAUUUCAAGUGUCUACAAAUAUUUUUAAAUUAAUUACAUUAAAAAAAAAGAUGGACAUAAUUCACAAGAUGGAUAGACCACUGUUGUUUAUGAGAAGUUAGAAAGUUAGGAUAUAGAGGGCAAUUUAGGUAUAGCUGUAAGCAAAGAUGAAUUGUUUCUAACGAAAUACGAUUCUGAGCGGGGCUCGGUUUUAUAGCUUUUUCAAUAAUAUAUAUUUUAUAUUAUAAUAAAAUAAAUAUAAAUAUUGAAACAAUUCGUAUGGACUACUAACUAGAUUUAUUCCACAUAAUAUUUUACCAAAACGAUUUUUAUCAAAAUUUGGUAUUAAAUUCUUAUAGAUAAAAUUUGUUUUUUUUUGGACUACGAAGCACAAUUUAUUAACCUUCUGUUAAAUUUUCAACUUUUCAAGCAUUUCUAUUUAGUUUAACAAUUUUAUCCACGGAGUACCUACUAAAUGAACGUACAAAACUCGCAACAUCAAAAUGCAUCAAUAGCUCAAAAUGGCUCAAAUAUUUUGAAAAUUUUACCAUAUCUAGAAAAAGCAAAUUUAAGUUUUCUCUUUAAAUGUCAAAUGUCUACAAAUAUUUUUAACUAAAUUACAACAGACAACAGUAUUAAAAGUAAUAAAAAACAUUAUUUUCGUAAUUUUCCAGUUUUUGUUAAGUCUUAUCCCGAUAUUAUAAACAUCGCUUUGAAAAUUAAAAAAUGACUUCCUUAAAGUGCUAAACAAUAUUUACUUUCAUAAAUGGUUUAAUGCGUUCAUUUUGGAGCAAGAUUUCUGGUAGUUACUUUUUUCACAGUAUAAAAAAAAAAAAUAAACAUCAUUGUAAAACCAAUACAUUCUUCAUUACACUCAGAAUUAAAAACAAAAUUUAAAAAUAAUUAUUUUCGUGAUAUACCCGUUCUUUCUAUGUAUUUUACAUUAUUAUAUUAUGUACUUUAGAUUCUAAGUGGAGCAAAGAUGCUUAUAGUUUUACAAAGAUGUUUAUUUUUUUUUUAUCUGUGCGCAAAUCUGAAAGGAAAUCGGCGUGGGUAAGUACUUUAGAGAGGUCAUUUUUCUAUUUUCUCAAGAGUUUUCUUAUCAAAUGCGAAAAAUCAAAAAAAAACCGGAAAAUUUACGAAAUAUAAUGAAUACAAUCUUACGAUUUAUUUUUUCUGUGAAUAACUUUUAUACUAGCAAUUUUGCUCCAACUUUUAAUUUUAAUUAUACUUCUAAAAGAAAAUUUCACUAAGGAGGUACUUUUAGUGAGAAUUUUUUUUGAUUUUUCCUGGAGUUUUCUCAACAAAUGUGAAAAACCAGGAUAAAACAUUGGAAAACAGGGAAAAACAUAGGAAAACUGAGAAAAACAGUACAACAUGAAACAAAUAUUAUUAAAGAAAAUAUAUAAUACCUAUUUAAUUUUUUACUUUAAAAUUACUUAUAUAUUGUUAACAAAGCAUCACUAUCAACUGAAAUCGUUUUUUCGUAUUCAAUGGUUUAUUGUUGCUUACAUGUAUGCAUUACAUCGUCGGCUUCUUGCCAAAACUCGGUAACGGUAAAUUUUACUAUUUUGUGAUAAUGGUGCUAUCUAGUGUAAAAUAUUAUUUUCUAAUAAUUUGCAAGAGAUAUUUUAAGUUAAACGCUAAAUUCAGUAUCGGUGAAAAAAAAUCAAAAUUACCAAAUAGCUGUGAUAAAACUGUUGAAAUCCUUAGAUUUAUAGAAAUACACAGAACAUAGUUGGUGGAGAUUGUUACGAGGAUUCAAAUUAUAUUGAUAAAAUUAAUAUUAUUAUUAAUUAUUACCAAUCUAUUUGUACAUAUUCAUCGGCUUCUUGCCAAAACUCGGUAACGGCAAAAUAGUAAUUGUUCAGAAAACGACUUAAAAGUUUUUAAAAAUUUGAUUUUUGGUCUCAACUCUACAAAAUUCUUAAUUCUUAAGAUAUUUACAUAAUUUUAUUUUUAAUAAGUUCGGCUUAUAUUACUGCAUUAAAAUAUAUUGGAGUUUAAUUGUUUAAUGCAACACAGUUUUUUCUAUCAGUAAAUUAUAUUGUAUGUAAAUAGUUAAGCCGUUAGUUUUACCAAAUAGAAAAAUAAUUAUUACUGUUUGUUUUGACUGGAAAAAAUCUGUAUUGGGAUAAUAUUAAAUAAUAUUUAAAUACUAAUUAAUUAAUUAUUAAUAAUUAUUAUUUUUUUAGUAAUAUUUUUUAUUUAUUUUUUUGUAAUAUGUGUAAUAGUUUUUAUAUUUGUUAAUUUCAUUUUUUUUUUUUUUUUGGUUAGUUUAUAAGAUAUUUUUUUUUAAAUGUACACCAAGUAUUCUAUAUAUAAUUAUAAAAUUUCACCAAGUUUAAAAAAGGCAAGUAUAAAUUUUUUGUCCAAAUUUUAAAUUCAUAGAUACAUAAAUCGAUACGAAUAUUUUUAAAAAUAUUAAAAUUUGUAUAAAAAGCUUAAAAAUGGCUCACAUGUUUCGAAAGUUUUACCAUAUCUAGAAAAGGCAAAUAUAAGUUUUAUGCCCAUAUUUGAAGUUUCUAUGAAUAUUUUUACUGACUUAAAACAAAUAACGAAAUUGAAAUAAUAAAAAAAGCAUUAUUCUCGUAAAUAUUCCGUUUUCUUACGUUUUAUCUUGGUUUUUCUCAGAUAUUAUGAAAAUUCGCGAUUUCGUUAGUUUAAAUAAGUUAUCUUUAAUAUUUAUUGAUUAUUGGUUAUUUAUAAUACUCAGUAUCUACUAAUUGUGCCAUAUUACACCAGUACACCACAAUUUUCAAUAAAUUAUUUAUUGGUCACAAUUAAUUUUUGCAUACAAAUAUUACAAGUAUUUCUUAAUUAUCAUUUAUCAGAUUGGUACCUAAUCAAAAUAAUUGAAUCAUUUUUAUAUUAAUUUACCUUUAAAUAAAUAAGUAUUUGUUUCAAUAACCCAGUAUUAAUUUAUAGUAAUUAGUGUCAAAAAUUAUCCUUAAAUUAGUGACAGCUGUUAUAGUGCAUAACUGGAAACUAAGCCUGAGUUACAUUUUAAGAAAUUACUUUUAUUUAUUUUCUCUAAUUUAUAAUUGUAAACAAGUGGGUAUUCUAAUAAAUAAUAACUAAUAAAAUAAUUUAUUAUAAUGAUCAUCAUAAAGCAUCUAACAUUUACUUAAACAUACAUGUCUAGUACUCUAGUAUAAACUUAGUAAUUAUUAUAUCGUUCUUAAGUAAGUACAUGAUAAUAAUUAAUAUUUCUGUUUAGAACAUGUAAUUUUAAUACAAUUUUAACCGAGUUUAAAUAUAAUCAUUAGGGUGGUCCUUAUUUUUUAAACCUAAUUAUAUUCAGUCCGUACCCACUAAAUUUGUUAAUUCACAUAAGAAAGAAAUUUGGGUAAAAUUUGGAAGGCAUUACUCAAUCCUUCCUUGUGCCGACUUAGGGUUGAAAAAUGGCAAAAAAUUUAAAAAAAUUAAUAUUAGCUUAAAUAGUUAUUGAUAAAAUGUAUUUACUUGUAACAAAAACUGCUUUUGUUCUUUAUUUUUCAUAAUUUUACAAUUAAAUUUUUCUGUCAGUUUAACAUGGCAUUCGGCGGUAUCAUUAACGACUUUUAAUGAUCCAAUUGUCCGAUUACUUUAAUGAUCAUUUCCUUUUUUAUACUCUUCAUUUUCUUCCCAGCAUAUUGGAUCCAGCGAUAAAAAAUUAGUCUUAAUAUCAAAUCUAUUAAAAAUUUGUUUUGAUUUGUAUGUAAUUAGAUCCACUGACAAAUCUUGGGUUAAGAAAUAAGGGAUAUCUUCGAUUUUUACAGAAUGUUUUUUUUUUAACUUCUCCUAAUUGUUCAUAAUCUUCAUGCUCAUUUUUCUUUUUUAUUCAGUGGUAACACGAUUGUCAAAAAUAGAAAAUACUACACAUUUAUCACUGAGGUACCAUAAAUGGUUUAUACAUUCUUUAAUGCAGUUUUUUUCUUUAAUGCUAUUUUAUUGUCAUCGUUUUUAUAAUUAUAUAUGUUUUUUAUAAAAAGUAUACCAUUAACAGGAGCCUUUAUUCAAUCGGGAGUAGUUAACCACACUUCAGCAUAACAUUUGAUGAUGAAACAACUUAUUCUUUUAAGUGACAUUUCUUCUAUUGAAGUUAACUUAAACUGAUUUUUAAUUAAAACAAUUUUUAGUUUUAAUUUUUAGUUAAAUACCCUUUGCCAUCCACCUUGCCAAAUAAUAAGCUUCAGAUUGCCGAAAAUUAAAAUUCUCCUUAAGUUUCCCUCCGAGAAAUAUUACAACGAGCUGCAAAAACUCUUUUUAAUCAUCAUGGUGGAAAUAAUUUUGAAGUAUUUUUUCUGUAAAAUUUAAUAUCUCAUCACGAACGUUAUUUAAUAUAUUGAAAGUCAUAGAAACAUCAGUCCACACCGAAUAUUCGUUUUUAUUAAUAUUUUUCCAACUGUUAACGAAUCUCUUAAAAAGUUGUAUAACUGGGCCAGAUUAUGGUGCAAAUUUAGCUUCAACAAAUACUGCUUGUUAUGUUAUUUCGAAAAUAUGAUGCCAGCGAGCUAAAAAUAAUAUGUUUCUUCCUAAUUUUUGCUCUAACAGAACGCAAGCACCAUUUAAUCUACCUGAAGCUAUAGUAUCAAAACAAAUCCUUGUAUUUUUUCCAAUAACCUCCAAUUUUUUAAUUCAUCAUAUACUGCUAAACAUAUUUCACUGCUUGUGCCGCUUGACAGGUGAGAAACUCCCAAAAGCUGUACCAGGUUUUGCUGCCCAGGUUUUGGGAUGUUAUAACAACGGAAAGUCUAUAACACUUUUCUUUUUCAACUAAAGUAGGCAGAAUCUUAGAAUCCCAAUGUACAAUGGCAUAGUUUAAAUUUAGAUCAAUAAAUUUAGAUUUUUUGUUACCUGUAUUGUUUUUUCGAAAUAUUUGUUAAACAUUUCUUAUAGACAUUCGGUUUACUACAAAAUCGUUUGUAUCUAAUGACACUGCUUCGAUACAUGCUGUUAAUAAAUGAAUAUAUUAUACAUUAUUAUUACUCAUGUAUAAUAUAUUUUAUCGUACAUAAGAAUUAUUUUUAAAAUGUAUGCAAUUAUAGUACUAUGUAAGAUGUAAAUAGGUACUAUUAUUACUUAUCGUUCAUAAUAAUCGUAUAAUUAUUUAAAAUGUAAAAAAAACAUAAACAGCAUAGAGCUCUGUCAAUAAAGCCAAAUAGUUCUUCUUCUAUUUUGUAUUUUAGAAAUAUGUUUUUGUAAAACAAAUUACCGUAUAGGUACUACAACUAUACUGUGUAAACUGCUUCAAAAAAAAAAUGGUGAAAUUUGAGUAUAAAAAUAGUAGUGGUGGGAGUUGAAAUUCGAUACCCCCAAAAAGCCUAUUUUUGACGCUAAUAAAAUAUUUAUAAAACAUUUGGGAAUAGGAUUUUUCGGCAAUAAAGACAAAAAUACAUGUUGCAGUGAACAUUAUUUUCAUUGGUCAUUAUUGUAAUGACUCAUUACUCAUUGUAGUAUAAAAACUGUGUGAUUCAUAGUAAAAUUAUAACACAUAAUAUUACAUCAUAAUUUUUGAUUAAUACAAUAUAAAUAACAAUAAUAAUAAAAAUGGAUGGAUAUACUUUACACUUGGGUGCAGACUCUGUUAUAGGUAGGAAGUUGGGUAGGUAGUAUGCAGACGGGAAUUUAAUGUAUACCUGUAAGCAACGAUAAACAAUUGCUAACGAAAAACGAUUCUGAGCGGAGUUCAGUUGAUAGUGUUGCUUUGUCAACAAUAUAUAUAUGUCAUUUUAUAGUAAAAUAAUUUAAAAGCCUUUUCCCGGUUUUCCCAUGUUUUAUCCCGGUUUUGCACAAUUGCUGAAAAAAAUAUUGGGAAAAAUUAAAAAAUGACCUCUCUUAAGUUUCUCCUAAAUUAAAUUUUCUUUUAGAAAUAUUGCUAUCAUUAUAAGUUGGAACAAAAUUGGUGGUUGAAAAGUUGUGUACAGGAAAAAAGAAGGCAGUAAUAUAUUUUAACUAAUACCUACAUUUCUUAUAAGUUCCCGUUUUUUUUCGGUUUUUCAAAUUUGAUAACAAAACUACUGAGAAAAUCAAAAAUAACCUCUUUAAAGUACCUUCCUAGUGAAAUUUUCUUUCAAAAACAUUACUAUCAUUAAAAGUUGAAAUAAAAUUUGUGGUAGAAGAGUUGUUCACAGAAAAAAAAAAUCGUUGGAUUAUAUUUAUUAUACCUCGUAAAUUUUCCUGUUUUUUUUGGUUUUUACAUUUCAUCAGAAAACUCUUGAGACAAUCGAAAAUGACCUUCCUAUAGUACCUCCCACGCUGAAGGUGCUACACGGAUGCUAAAAAUUCGAGCAAGUCUUCUGGGUAGAAAAGUUACCCACAGAUUUAAAAAAAAAUAAUACAUCUUCGCUUUACUGAGCAUCUAAAAUUUCAUACUCUAGUUUCUUUAAUUAAUUAGUACCCACCUAUACCAUAACAAAAUUGUACUUGUUACUAAAUAUUAUUUAGAGUUUAUUCGUUAAAGUUAUAGCGGUCGGUACAUCUUGCAUAUAGGCUGAGUGCCAUUGUGGAGAGUGCAAACAUAUAUAUAGACUAUAUUAUUUUAUAAAUGUUAUAGUAUGUAACUAUAGAUUGUGUCAGUCAUAUGUGGUAAUAAUGAAGACAAUUUUUUUUGAUAGAUCUGUAAUCUGAUAUUUUUCUAAAAAUUAAAAGUAAGUUCCACAAUAAUAAUAUUAUUAAAAAUUUCAUAUCAAUGCUAUAACGGUAAUUGGAUGGUUUUCUAAAAUUGUCACAUUGUCAUAGCAAAGUAACUUUAGUAGCCACAUCCUCCCAAUUAUCCGCCCAUGCACACUGUUAUAGUGUUAUUUCCUGUCCAUUGUAUCUUAGUUUGUGUUUAUUAUUUAUUUACUAGGUAUGUUAUUUUCUUGACGAAAAUUCGUCAGUGGCAAACGUUUAAAAUGCUUGAUAAUUAACGUAUAAAACAUUUAUAUGGUGUAAAUUUGACAGCGGCCGUUACCACGGUAAAACUAAUCUUUAACUAAACUAUGAAAUAAUAAUAAUUAUAAUUCAAUUAAUAAUGAUAUUGUAAUAUGUAUUAUUAUUAUUACUAUUAUUAUAAUUGUAUUAUUGUCAAUGUUCAAUGACUUAUUUAAUAUUGUAUACUUCCUUACAUUAUUUUUUAAUAAAAAUAAUUAUAAUAAAAUCAUAAUCUAAUAAUUUAUGCAGUUAUUUUUUUACACAACCACGAGAUGAUAUGACGUUAUGUGACUGGUGAAACACAUCGAUAAAUAAAUUAACAAAUUAAAAGGUGUGGGAUUUAGACCUGUGAUUCUUAUAAUUGAAGCACUAUAUGAUCUCACUAGCGAAACCCGGGGGAGGGGUUAAAUUCCCUCUCCACAAUUUAUUUUUUUUUAAAGUCUUACAUUAGAAUUUAAAUUUCUUAUAGAUCAAAGGGCAGUAUUUCUUAAAACUAAAAGUAGGUAACAGAUUUUUGUAACAUAUUUUAUUCGGGUUUUAGACUUUUAAACCUAGCGUACAUCGAUGAACCUAUGAAUUUUACAAAAUAUUUUUUCUUGUAAAACAAUUUUUGUUAUAAAAAUACUCCAAAUUUGUCACAUCGUACACUAAAAGAUGUGAAUUGUUUGUUCUGUGAUACUUUGUUUGAAUUAUAUUUGUAGAUUCCCAACAGAUUAUCUAAAUAAUUUAAAAUAAUUGUUAACAAAUGACGAUACAUUACUGGUUUUCUAUUGUUAAUUUUUGGUUUACCAUGAUCACAAGGGAAAAAAAAACAUCCAACACUUUACUAGAUCAAAUGAAAAUCAUUUUUUGUUCGUUAUGAUUUUCCGAUGAUCUCAGUAAAUAUAUAAAACAAAAUUGAAGGGAAACACAGUUAACUGUAACGAUAGUGAUGGAGAUUGAAACAGAGAAUCCAGGGAGAAAACGUUUUUAUUCCACAUUAGUUUGGCACGGUCAACGCCGGACGGAACAACUAGUAUAAUAUAAAAAUAAUUAAUAUCCUAAUAUUGAUUAAGAGGACGCCACACCCGCAUUUAUUGUCUCAAUCCAACUACCUAACUAACUAAUCUAAUCAAACUAACAAAAACUAGCUUAAUUAUAAUUUAAGAGUAAAACUAUAAAAGUACCUAUUAUGCAAUUUAUAGAGAAAAAUAUUUAGGAGGCAUUCUAACAGGUAUUUUUUAAAUUAUAAACUAUUAAAAAAACUAAAAAAAUAUUAAUUAUAAAUUUUAUAUCAAGCUAUUUAUUUAGAAUAAUACAAAAACUCGAUGAGGUUCUCUUCAAAAUAUUUUUUUUAUAUAUUUUACAAUAGGUGCUUCUACUCUAAAAUCAAAAGUAAUCUAGUUUUACUUGUCUGCGUAAGCAUUGUUUUUGCAUGUUGUCCAGUAGUUGAACUGAGAUAAUAGAUAGUAGAUGUUACUGUGACGUCCUUUUAAAUACAAUAGGUAUUAAUGAUUAAAAGAUUUAAAUGUUAGGUAUUGUCUUACCUUGGAUAUUUUAUAAUAAACUUAUGAAUUUUCAAUUGCUAAAUAUUAUUAUAUAUAAGUUACAUAGGUAUUUAUCUUUAGGCUUAUCUUUUUUCCUGACAUUGGAUAUCAAAAUAUUACACCAAAUUUAAUAAAAUAUUAUUAUCUCGAUAACGCUAAUAUGUCAUGUUUGAUACCGUGUACUUGCAAACCAUGAUUUUUCUAAUAUACGCAUAAAUGUAAAAUUAGGAGGGACAUAUACCCCCGUGUACUCUGCACUACAUCACUGGGUAGGAUAUAGAGAGAAGUUUAAUAUAUAUCUGUACACAAGGAUUGAAAGAAUGUAAAAGAAUGUUAAUUCCCCCCCCCCCAUAAGACAUCUUAAAUCCAUUAGGUUAGGAACGUAGCGAGGGAUCUAUUGGAUUUACUAUGAUGUUUUUGUUUUGUUUUUUUUUUCCGUCAGUAAUUUUUCUACCAGAAAAAUUGCUCUAAAUUGACAAGAGAUCAAUUUUUUUCUCUUAUAAUAUUUUACCUCUGACAGAAAAAAAGAAGAAAAAUACGACUUUUUAAAAUUAUGGCACAUUGAUUUCAUUAUUUUAAAUUUGUACAACUUAUAUUGUUACCAUAAAUAUUAUUCCAAUAGAAAAACAUCAAGUAAACUUUUUUUUUAAAUUUUUAAUCUUGUUGGUGAUCAAGGAAGUCGUUUUAUGAUUUAAUUUUUAAUUUUUUUAACAAUUGAGCAAAACUGAAAAAUACGUAGAAAGAACGGGAAAAUUUUGUUUUUUUAAUGACUUUAUGUAACCCACUUUUUCAAAAUAUUCACUUACAAGAGUGGCCGCACCUGUCCUCAGUAUCAGCUCUUUUUUUUUUUAUACAUUGUUUAACUAAUAAAAUCAUAUUUAAAUAUUUUUAUUUCACCCAUAAUUAUUCACCAUUAAUCUCGUCUAAAUAAAGAAAUGUGACCAAUCCGUAAGCAGUCACAAUUUUUGAUAUCUAUAACCCUGGUUGCGCCACUGCAUGGUCUUAACAUUAAAUUCUAGGUGUUUUCCAUUUUAUGUAUAGCAGGGUACAUUUUUCUGAGUGAUGCGUACCUGAAUAACCUUGUCUAAGUAUUUGUAUUAUUAUUUUUUUUUAUUUUCGAAAGGACGCAAAUAACAAGGACGCCAUUUAUGACAUAAAGACAUCAAUAAUAAGAAACGUCAACGGCGAAAGAAAAUCCAUAAAAUAUUUCAGACAUCAGUUACUAAAAUACGUAUGGGAUGAGAAUGAAAAUGCGUUCAGAGUCCUGCAAGGUCUUGACAACGGAACGACUACACUAUCAAAAUUGUUGGAAAAGUGCCACGGACUAACUUCCGACGAAUACGCCAGUCAGUACGUACCUUUUUUUCACGAUUUCUUAUAUAUUAGGUAUACUACUUCACUACUUCUUAAAUCCAUCUUCCAAAAACGGAAGUUUGGUGAUCUAUCAAUUGACAUUGACAACAAUCUCCAGAGCCCGUGGUUUUCUGCCGACCGAAUGAAAUCUUCCAAAGAAUAGCCAGAGAUGAUCUUUAUCUGGUCUAUCUAACGCACUGAUUUUCUCCCACAUCACUUUUUCCCUUCUAUCUCUCCUUCAAUCAUUACCUUCUCCAGACUCAAUCCAUUCCUUCAUAUAAUAUGACCGAAGAAGGCCAUAUUUGUAUUAGAAUUAUAAAUCACUAAUAUUCUGCUGCAAAUAUAAUGAUUUAGCGUCACAUAAUGACACUUGUUUUAAUAUAGCGUUUUGUCACGUUUAUGUAAGCGAAAGCGAUGACCUACUGUAGCAUCCGACUAGGGCGAUCUUAGGGUUUAUUUUUAGGGGGUUUGGAGUGAAUUUUUCUGACUUCUAAGAAUACUAUUUGACGACUGGUAUUUCAUAGUUUUUACUGCUUAGUGUAAUCAUUUUAGUACUAUACAAAGCUGAAUGAUGGCCGUUGUUAAGAUUUGUGUGGCCUUGGGUAAUUUAUAAAUUGCGAGACCCUAUGGAAAUAAAUAUAGGCGUUUGCAAAAAUGUAUUCAGGGGGACAACAUAUUUAAUAUAUUUCCAUAAAGCCAAUAAAAUGCACAAAAAUCAUAUGUGAUAGUAAAUUACUUGAUCGCGUUAUACUAGCCGAGAAAAAUACAUAAAUAUUUUCAAGAAUUGAUACAAUUUUCAUUUAUAUGACUAGCUUUAAAACUGUGCUUUAAAAAAGUAUUGAAUUUGUGAGUUUGACAUGGAAUAUAUGAAACUGUAUGCCCAACCCAAAAAUCUCAGAUAAACAACGUUGAGUUCCUUUGUACAUGUCAUUCAUACUACUUGCGUAAUCCUAUGAUUAAAAAGCUACAUUUCCAGUUUUAGUUCAUGUUUUCUUAAACUUUCACAUAUACUUUUUGUCAAUCCAUUUCCAGUUUUAUCAGUGACUUUAAUGACAUCAAGUAAUUGUUCAUUUGGUAGUCCGUUUUGGUCAACAUUUCUCAAACAAACACACAAUCGGUGAAACAUUUAGCAUGGUAUCAGCUAAAACUGAUAAUAUACCUAUCAGGUUUUGUUACUUCUUGGACUAUUGGUGUACAUGUUUCUGUAACUAAAAGUGCAAUAAACUUAUUUUGAAAAUCUAUACUAAUAUAUGUUACUUGGUGACAACGCUUAAAUUUAUCAUUAAACCACCUUUUGAAUAUUGGAAUAUGUCGCCAUAGUAAAAAAACAAUUUCCAUUUUGUGAUAUAUUUUCACCUUCAUUAUGAUUACGGAACGCAAGCCCUUUUCUUGUUAAUGUGCGUGCUACAUCUAUCAAAAUGCUAACUGCGUCUCUAUUGAAUGUUUGUUCUUGUUUCUCACGUAUUGUAAUUGUCGUAACUGCUGCAUGUUUGAAGGUUGCCCUUACACUUUACCAAAACAAGUUCCAAACAGUGAUAAUAUAUUUAAAGUAAUUUGCAAAAAUUUGCAAGCCCAAUCCCAGAAUUUGCAAGUUAAUAAUAAAAGAAUUAUUUAGAGUUGAACUGAAUAAAGGCCAACUUCACGUAGCCCUUACAUGUUGUCCUAAAUGCUUCAAACCGGUGUCAAAACACUCGUUAUAAUUUACAAGGAUUUGAAAAUCCAAUUCCGCAAUUUGCAAGUCAAUCCCCAGCCCUUACCUUAGUAUAAGUAUUUUUUUAUAAAGCCUCCAAUUUCCAAAAAACGAUUUUGGUUGUACUUAAAAUUCUGUGGUUAAUUGUUUAUUUAUUAGAUUAGUGCUAAAAGAAAUUAAAUUAAAAAAAAUUGUUCUUUUUCAUCAACAAUCAAAUCUGUAUGUAGAUGUUAAGGUGUGGGUUUAAAUUUUUAACCAAUUCUGGCUUUUUUAUUUUUUGAAUUUUUGUAUUCAGAUUAUUAUAUAAUUCCUAGUUGCUAUCAUGUUUCCGAAUGUAUGUUACAAAAUUGUCUGCUUCAUAAUGUAUUAUAGAUAUUAGUAUGUACCUGUAAAUGUAAAAUGUUUUAAAUUGAAUGCACAAUUUAAUAAAAUUUAGUUAUAAGAUAAAUAAAUUGAUUGUAAUUAUUUAUGACCGGUAUAACAGCCAAAUCAUAGCCCUAGGAUGACCAUACCCCGUUAUUAAAAUAAAAGUAAUGGGAUAAAAAUAAGUCCGGCUACGAUUGUGCAGACCAAUUAAAAACACGCAAAUAUCAAAUACCUAUAAAUAAGUAGACCGUUUUGACAUUUUUACCACGUCUUUAAUAUUUUAAUCUGUGAACACUUUUUUUUCUAAAAAUCUUGCUAAAAAGUAUCAAGCAUGGAUCUUUUUUAAAAAAAAAUGUUAUCUAAGGAAAAAAAGUACGAUUUUAUGAUAUAUUACGAAAAUUAUGGGAGCUAUAUAGGCAUUUUAAUUUUGGUAGUUUAUACACACCUACUAUUAACCUUGUUCAACUCAGAAUCAUCUUUCGUCAGCAAUGGUUUAUCAUUGCUUAAAGAUAAAUAAAUUGAAUAACCUUAUGUAUCCUACCCUCUAAACUUCCCACUUACAACAGUGGCUACACCCGUCCGCGCUCGUCUUUUUAAAUUUUUUUUUUUCGAUUUGAGGGUGAUAUCAAUUUAUAAAAAAAUAUAUUGUUUUUUAUUCCCUUCUCAAUUAAAAAAUAACAUUUUAUUUGUUCAGUUUUAAACAUUUUUAAAUUCCAUCAGUCAUUUUGUAUGAGAUAUUAUUCUAAAAAUUUGAAUUUACUAUAUUUAUAUAUCCCUAAAUCGAUGUCCCCCAGAAAAAAAACAGAUUAGAAAACAAUAAAUAAUAAACAUUGAAUAUUAACAGCUCUAGAAAAAUUCAUCGAAUACGGUAGAACACCUUGUAUUUAUAAAUAUAUAUAUAUAUUAAUUUACACAAAAAUGUGCCAUUUUUAUAAAAUUAUUACUUACUUGUUGCUUUCAAUAUUUAUUAUUCAGGAAAAUCUAUUAACUUUUUGGUAUUGCUUUCAUCACCAUAUAAAAAAUCAGCUUCAAUAAUUAAAUGAUUUUUUAGAAUCCGAUAUGAUGUUUUAAAUCUUUUACGUUCCUCAUUAUAACAUGGUUCUGUUUUUUAUUUAUAUAUGUAUAUAAUUAAGGAGAAUUUGUGUAUAGUUUGGGAUUCUGUUUAAAUUUGUAUUAUUCAAUAUUAUUGAUGGCGAAGACUGUAUUUUUUUGUUUUUAUAAUUUGUUGAUCAUUUUAUAUAUUACACAGUGCUAGGGCCAGUCUUCUAAAAAUUAAUAAUUAUUUUAAUGACGUUACAUACGGCAUUAAUAGUUUUGACAGCAGGUAUAUCAAACAAGUUAAAAUAAGUUAAUAGUAAUUUAAGUCUUUCUUACAUAAAUAUCCUUGCUCUUUCCAUGUUGAGCUAUCUUGUUUGCUAUUGUAAAAAUGUCAUUAUUAGUAUUGUCUAAAAUAGAUUGAUAUGUAGGAUAAUCAUUAUAAGUGGCAACUAUUCCAACAAUGUCUGCAUCAAAUGCGCAAGUAUUUGUUAUUAUAUAGAUAGUCUUUUUAUAAUUACUGGGAGAAGAAAUGUUUCCAUUCAAUAUUAACACAUUGACGAACACUUGUAAUAUAAUUUGUAUUGUUAUAUUAGUAAUACUAUACCUGAAAAAUCUAUGUAAUUUGUCAGUGUAAACUGCCGUAAUGUGGUAGUCCACUAUCUUCUAUGAUUUGAUAUCACUGAAAGAUUACUGCUUCCGCAGUAUUGACGUAAAAUGAUAUUUUACAUAUUACUGCUAUAGCUGUAAUGUCCAUCAAUGUGUUAAUGUAUUUAAGUGUGAUCUCAUCCUGGAUGCAUUAAGAAUACGGUAUAUUUCUGGACAUAAAUCCAUGUACUUCGAAGGACUGUUUUUUCAGUAACUUGAUCUAAUUUUACUAGUUUUUUCGUGUCUUUAAUCCUCUCCACUCUCCUUCUUCAACAGUGGCUUUACUGGUGGACGAUGACGAAUCUGACCAGUUUUCUGUUAUACUCGUAUGGUCAUCACCUAAAAUAUAAACAAUAUAGUAUCUUAAGUAAAGUACUAUAUUAUUUCAAUAUAAUAGCAUUCUACUACACCCCUCCUACCCAAAUUUAAAAAUGGAAUAUCUCGUCAAUGAGUUGACGGAAACCAAAAAUGUCAACACCAAAAUUGAUAAUAAAAUGAAAUUAAUUGAUAUUAUAUCUACGUACAAAUUUUUUAGUAUAGGUUGCUAUUUGGGUGACAAAAAUAAUACAGCAGCAAUAAAUAAUUCUUUAUUGUAAAUGUCAUGCAUAUUUUAUAAGAUACAAUAAGAAAAAUUAUAUAAAGUCAACAAAUGUUUUAAAAAAAUCAAUAAUUUUUGAAAUAUUUAAAUAACACAAAUUAAAAAUUAAUACUUUGGAAAAAGUAUUAUGAAUCUCGCUAGAUUUUUCAAUAAAAGUACCACAAGACGAAAAAUAUUUUAUGGAUAAAUUAAAACAUUAAAACACAAAGAUUUAUUUAAAUCUAAUUUAAAUCAUAAUAAAUUAUCAUUGUACGACUACUUAAUUACCAUCACUAGUGUUUAUCUUGGAAUUUGAAUAUUAUUUUUGAAAUUGACUCACAGCUGCUUUCAUCAACUAAUAUACCUAAAUAAAAGUAUCUACACUGUAUUCAGUAAUCAAACACAGAUAUUACAGUAAAAUUUUGUUCAAUUAGUCACUACAUUCUGUUUUUGGCUUUCUGUUAUCAUUUAGCAUAAUAUACAUAGUAUUACGUACUAAUCUAUUUGGAUUUAAAUUCUGGAGUUUAGGCAAGUAUAUUUUUUCAUAUUAUAAUUUACACCUAUUAAAAUAACUACAGCUUUUAUAAUUAUUAUUGAAUACCUAGUCAAAUCCCAGAAAGCAAAAACAAUUCUUUAUCAAACUCUUGUCAUUUUUCGAUUGAAGCAAUAUUUUUUGUAGAAAAUAUCGUAUAUACAAAUUUAAAAUAAUGAAAAUAUUAAACGUUUGCUAUAAAUAUUAUCCAUUUCACCUAUAAUUUUCUUUCAAAAUAAAAUCAAAAACUGACGUCUUUAAUGCACUAACUAAACAAAAUUAUAUUUCAGAAAAAGUAUCACACUCUAUAUAUUGGAGUCUUGCUGAUAGAAAAGUCGUUCAGACACAAAACAAAUAAUAAUAACACAAGAACACACAUGAUAGUAAAACCACUAUACAUUCCUCGCUAUCCUCAAAAUUUAAAAUAAUUGUCAUUAUAAAAUCAAUAUAUUUUUGCCUAUGUCUUUAUAUAGGCUAAUGCCUAUUUAUCAUAUAAAUAAUUUCUAUGCUAGUUAAAAAUUAAAGUACCUAUUUAUCUAUUAAAAUAUUGCAUAUAAUGCCAAAUGAUGCAAAAAUAUAAUCAUUUUCAUUAAGUAAUAAUAAUUUGUUAAAAUAAUAUUUUAUAGUUUGAGAAAUUGGUAGUUGGGGGCUAUGCCCAUGACUUAAGCUUAAUACCGUGUAGAAGUUGGUGGGAAUAAAUUAAUGUUUACUGCCACACAAACAAAAAAUUAGUUCAGUGCCACUGAUAUCAGCUAUAUAUACUAAGGGUUAGGUAGGUGUAAGUCAUUAUUAAUAGUUUUUUUUGAAUUUACAUUCCUAUUUAUUUUUUGUUCAGGUUAGAACUGUUUGGCAAAAACGAAGUGAUCGUGAAUGUGGAUUCGUAUUGGAAACUAUUUUUCGUGGAAGUGGUGAAUCCUUUCUACGUCUUUCAAAUAUUUAGCAUAUUUCUGUGGUUUUUAGAUGAAUAUGAAUAUUAUGCAAUAUGUGUAUUGAUCAGCUCUUUGGUUUCAAUCGGAACUUCAUUAUACCAACUGAAAGAGGUUAGAUUUUUCUUAUCCUUUAUAUAGGUAUAGAAUAUAGAUAUAGACCUCUAUGCUAGCUUAGUGCUCACCAAUCUAUGUAAACAUUGAUCUUAUAAACAUAAUAUAUUUACAAGUUAUAAGUAUCACUUGAUAACCUUGACCUGAUCGAAUGUAUGAGUUUUUGACCACGAUAUGGGACAAUUCUUAAUAAUUAUGUAAAUGUAUGAGGUAGUUGUAUAAUGUUUCCAAAUAUUUUGAACAUGAUUAAUUAUGUUCGAUAUUUUUUUAUCUUUUGGUGAGGGGAUGGCAAACAAUUUUUUUAUACAGCAUAUAAAGUUUCAUAUCAUAACAUUUAAAAAACACCUUAAUGACUAAAAGCUCUGCGUGUAUAAUAAUAAUAUUUUAUUUUUCAGCAAAGCCGAUCUCUCAAAGAAACCGUAGAAACUUAUAACAACGACAUCUAUACUGUACUGAGAAGAGAUAGCGGUAAGUGCCUUUAUUUUUUUUAUAUAAAACAAAUAUAUUUGUUAAUUAUUUUUGCUAUUCCUACAAUUUUGAAACCUGUUGGUUUUACUAUGAUAUUUAUUUAUUUUUUCUGUUUGUAAACAACUUUUUGACCAAAAAUCUUGCUCCAAUGGAAAAUUGAUAAAAAACAUUUAUGUUAAAUUUUGGAUCUUGUGGGUAAAUAAGAAAGUCAUUUUUUGAUUGUGUACUGUGUUUUAUUAAUAAUUGAGCAAAAUCUGAAAAAAUAUUUGAAAGAACGGGAAAGUUAACAGAAAUAAUGGUUUAAUUAUUUUCAAUUUUAGUUAAAAAUAUUCGUAGGAAUUUGAAAGUUUGACAGGAAACUUAUAUUUAUCUUUUCUAGACGUAUUUAAAUUUUCAAAACAUUUAUCUCUUUUUAAACUAUUUAUAGACAUUUUAAUUCAUUUAAAAAUAACAAAAAUUACCUCCCUAAAAUACUACCCUAAGAAACCCGCUCAGAAUCGUUUUUUCGUUGGCAAUGGUUUAUCGUUGCUUACAGAUAUACCUAUAAAUUAAAUUCCCUUCUGUGUCCUACCUUAACAACUUCUUACCUACAACAGUGACUGCACCCACGUGCCAAGUAUUUCCAAUAAAAUAAUAAAGUAAAAACAAUAUUAUUAAAAUGGUUAAUACUCGUAAAUAAAUAAAGUAAAUAAAUAUAUAAGUAAAAAAGAGCUGAUAAUAAGGAAUGGCAGCGAUCACUAUUAUAAGUGAGAUUUUGAGAAAAUAGGAUACAUAUGGUUAUUUCAUUUAUAAGCAAUGAUAAACUAUAGCUGACGAAAGACGAUUCCGAGCGCAGUUCGGUAAUACAUAAUUUGAAGUGCCGUAAUUUUUUUUGCGAUUUUUGUUUGAAUUUGAUUUCAAAACGCUUAUUAAAAUAAAAAAGUACCCUUACCAAGUCUAGGUAUGUCCAAAAUACUUAUUAUUACCAAGUUUGAAGUCUCUAUGUAUAUUUAUAACCGAAUUAUAACAAAAAACUCCCAAAAAUUAAAAUUCCCUAAAAAGCUCAAUAAUGAUUCAAAUAUUUGGUUAUUAUUUAUUAUCUAAAAUAUAUUGAUAUAAGAUAUUUUUGAAAUUGGUUUGAACAUUUAAAAUAUUAUUAAAAUUAUUAUUUUUUAUUUUAUUGUGUAUGUGUAAUUCUUCUAAAACUGAAUUAAUGUAAAUUUUUUUUUGAGUAUUUAAUAUUUCUAAGUCAGUAUUAAUAUCAAAAAUUACAUUAUGGUUAUUUUCUAAAACAUGUUUAGCAAAAUUUGAAUUGGGGGCAGUAUUUUUAAUUUAAUUUUCGAAAUGUGUACUUUAUAUCUUUAUAUCUUUAUACUUUAUAUCUAUCGGAUUUUUAUGAAGUUCUUUGUUCUAUUGUUUAUAUGUUUGAUUAAAUUAUUAUUAGUCUUAAAAGCGAUUUUUACAUUAUUUGUAUUAUUGUUCAGAAUUUUAGCGAAUUCAUUAGACAUAUUAUUUUGAUAUUUCAUACUACAAUAAUUAACAAUAUUAUUUGGUGAGUUGUGUAUAAUUUUUCUUUAAUACGUUUAUGCAUUUCUUUAAUAGUAUUUAAAUUUUAAUUAUAUCUAUAGUUUAUAUUAUAAAAUUAUUGAGCUCGUAUUGAUGUAUAUGUUUAUUUAAUGAAGUAUAAUACACUUAUCAUAUUACUUCAGGUGACGCAUUCAGUCAUUUAUUUAUUUUAUUUGUGUGUAUACAUUUUUUAUUUAUAUUUUUGUUUAUUUUAUAAAAGUAUUUCCUUCUUUUUUUUUUUAAUAUUCUUAUAGAAAACGUGAUGGUAAAAGCUCAAUAUUUAGUUCCCGGAGAUGUAAUUGUAAUCCCGCCGGGAGGUUGCAACAUCGCUUGUGAUGCAUUAUUGUUGUCCGGCAAUUGUAUUGUCGACGAAAGUCUUUUAACAGGUUCAUGAUGCAUUUAUAUGAAAAAAUACAAAUUUAAAUAGUUCUUUUUUUUCGAAAAUGAUAACAUAAUAUAUUUAUUGUUACACAUUCUCAUCACGAAAACUAAAAUCGAUUACAGGAGAAAGCGAUCCAAUAACGAAAAGUCCCCCGUCUUCGAUCGAAGAAUUUUUUUACAGUAGUUCUUCGCACAAACAACACACGCUGUAUUGCGGUACCAAAAUUUUGCAAUCGCGAUUUUACGCCGGCGCUCAAGUAAGAAUGGAAAUAAAUAUUAUUAUUGCACAAUCAAAUUUUUACGUUUAAAACCUAUCUUUAAUACAACCUAAAUCAACUUUGAACGAUUGAGAACUUUAUACCUUAUUGAUGGAACAAUUUAAAACAUUUAAAAUUCACAAAGAAUUCACCGCUAAUCCAAAACACUAUUACGAUUGAGAAUGAGUUACAUGAAACGUGGUUAUAACAUUUAUUUGGAUAUCGAACAAUUCUCCACGUUUUAGUUUUUUUUAACUAUUGAUUUGUGGUUUAGUACUGCAGUCACAAUAAAUCAAUCUUUAAUAUAUCAAUUUUACAAUAUCUUUAUUUAUAAUUUCUUUUUAAUCGAAGUGUAAAUGAGAACAAUAAUAAUAUUUAAUGCUAAAAUAUGGUAUAACAACUGUUAAAUUAGUCAGAUAAUAGCUUUCAUACAAUAUCAUACAUAUAGUUAUCGAACUAUUAAAUUUCUUUUGCCAAUUCCAUGUUACGGUAUGCGAUAAAUAACUGUUUAACUUUUUCCCACAAAUGCCCACGAUAAUAUUGUUAAUAUACUCGUAUACAAUUUUAUUUUCCUAUGGAAAGAGAUAAGAAUACUCCCACCGUACCUCUACCGGCGAAAAAUGAGGCUGCGUCAGGUCUCUAGCUGGUGUAAUAUGUAUGUUAAACAGGAUGAUGAAUCCUAAAAACAAAACUUAGGCGGACUGUUUCUUGGAUGUGUGCGGGUACAAGUGCACAACAGGUGAGAGGAAUUGACACACCUCAAAUAGUUGGGAUAAACGUGAAGGAAAAGAAGAAAUGUACAAUUUUAUGUAAAAUUAGACCAGUGCUAAAUAUUUUACUUAAUCGUUCAAUAAAAUAUAUUUAAUAUGGCAACAUUGCAAAAAAAAAUUAAAACUAAUCGAGCAUUAUCAAUAGUAUUUUACCGACCUAAAUAAAUACGACCUUUUUGCAGGUAACGGCUCUCGUGGUCAGGACCGGAAGUUCCACGGCCAAAGGAAAUUUAAUAAGGUCUAUAAUGUUUCCAAAGAAUAUGGAUUUCGAGUUUUAUUUGGAUUCGAUAAAAUUCGUCAUAAUGAUGUUUUUCGUCGCUACCAUUGGUAUGAUUUACUGUGCGUAUCUGUACGUUGUACGAGAAGUAAGUGUAAUUAUAAUAGUUGUUUUAGAUUCUAAGUAAAUUGAAAAAAGCUAUUCAUCUUACAAAUAUGUAUUUUUUCAAAAAAAAAACGCUUUUACGGUUACUAAAAAUACUCUUAUUUUGAUGUCGUAUCUUAAAAGGUUACCCUGCUGAUACUUUAAUUCAAAAAUUUUUUUAAAUUACCAAUACUAUUUCCGAAAAUAGCUAUUUAUAUAUUUCAUAUACAUAUAAUUUGUUAUAUUCACUUCUUUGGUUAAGCAAAUUCUCCAGUUUGUUCUUGUAGUAGGUAACAUAAAAGAUACAACAUUUCUGCCCGAUAGUAGGUACUUUAUUUAAAACAUGCAUAAAUGGCGCUCUUGUGGUAAAUAGUAAUAUCUAUUAGAUACAAAAAAGAACUUUGGGAAGGUAGGAUACAUAGUUAUUUAAUUUAUAUCUGUACGUAAGCGUUUCAACGACGCUUCAAGAUGUUCAACCAUUGCUAACGAAAAACGAUUCUAAGCAAAAUUCAGUUAUACAUGGUUUAAAAUAUCGUAAUUUUUAGUAUUUUCGUCAAAAUUUAAUCUUAAAACGCUUAUAAAAAAAACGCUGUAUAGAAAUGGUUAAUUUACUCAUUAUGUGUAAAUUUCAGUUUUUUACUAUUUUUAACCAAAUCGCGACAAAAACAAAAUAAUGGCACCGGUACCUUGUGGUAAACUUACUCGUCUUUCCUACAGUUUUUUGUUGAUUUUCCUAAUUAUCAAGGCAACUAUACAAAAAAUGAAAAACAAUUUAUUUACAAUUUACACACAAAUGACAAAAUUUUCUUUAAUAAAAAAUGUUACUCUUAAUAUUUGGAGCAAGAUUUCUGAUAAAAAAAAAACAAAAUGGAAACAAUUUUUUUCAAAAGGAAAUUUUCCAUGCUCAGAAUUAUAUAAAAAAGAAACACAAAUUAUGGAAAAUGUUAAUAAUUUAUAUUUUGUACAUUAGUCCACCGUCGAGUAUAUUGUCAUCAGAAGCCUGGACAUUUACACAGUGGUAGUGCCCCCAGCUCUACCGGCCGCCAUGACGAUCGGCAUUGUGCAUUCGGUGAAACGUCUAAAACGACUGAAACUGUAUUGUACGUGUCAGUCUCGCAUCAACGUGGCAGGGAAAAUAAAACUCGUCUGUUUCGACAAGGUGAGAUUUUAGCGUGAAAAAAAAAUUUAGCUGAGGAAUGCUUAGGUACAUAAUUAUAAUAGCCGCAGUAUUCAGUCCGUCCGUUCAUCCGUAAUCUGUACUUUUCCCAUCAGGUCCAAUGCGUAGAUUUCUUUGCAAUCGAUUCCAAAUUAAACUAUGCGACAAAACUGAAAACAUUGAUAAAUUACGAACCUCCUCAAUACUCACCCUUAAUUUUUUUUUAUAUUUCUGUUUUUUUUUCUUAUGUAGACUAUCCCACUAACAAUAACGUCAUCAAAAACUGUGCUUUUGUUGUCAUAAUGCAUAAAAUGUUUGUAGCCAUUCGGUAAGAAUACUUUUAACCGCUAAAAGCGAUGAAACGUACAUUUCGAUAAACAAAAUAUGUUUAUUAUAUGUCAUAUGCCAAAGCGUUCCGCGAUAUCACAUAAUAUGUAUACUUCCACGUAUUUAUUUAACCGGACUUUGACUAUUUUAAGCAUCAUUUUGAAUCUUAGUAUAUUUUAGCUUCCAUCAAUAUUAUUCGAAUAUUCUAUGUAGUAUAAAAAAGUAUACAUAUAUAUAUACAGGGCGAUUCACUAAGCGUGCUUACCCCAUAUUUUUUUUUUUUUUUUUUUUUUNAUAUUCUAUGUAGUAUAAAAAAGUAUACAUAUAUAUAUACAGGGCGAUUUACUAAGCGUGCUUACCCCAUAUUUUUUUUUUUUUUUUAUUUGAUAAAUUUUGCAUAUAUUCAAAUUCUGAUAUUUUUGGAAUUUUUAAGUGUGACUAGAGCCAAUAUUUUUGAAUAAUUCGAUUUUUCAUAACAUUUAAGGAGUGUCCUGUGGUGGUACCAACUUUGGUUUUUAAAAUGAGAACUUACAUUAAAAUGUUAUAAAUAGACGAAGUAUUAAUUUAAAUAAAUAUUGGUGUCAACAUUUUUGAUUUCCGUCAACCUGUUAACGAGAUCAUUCAUUUUUAAGUUUAGAUAAGGGGAGAGUAGUAGAGCACUAAUAAAACGCCGCCCCCCAUGCCGCCACGCAAAUGAUACUCCACUAUACUCUCUCUCUACUUAAACUUAAAAGUUAAAUAUCUCGUCAACAGGCUGACGAAAAUCAAACAUUUUGAAACCAAAAUUUAUUUAAAGUAAUACCCCGUCUAUUAAUGGAAUAUUGAAUAUAGGUUCUCAUUUGAAAAACCAAAAUUAGUAUUAUUACAGGAUACUUCUUAAAUGUUGUGAAAUAUCUAAGUAUCUGAAAAUAUCGGCUUUAACUGCACUUGAAAAUCCCAAAAAUGAGAAUUUGAAUAUAUGAGAAAUGUAUCCUAGAAAAAAAAAUGGAGCAAGCACGCUUAGUGAAUCAUCUUAUAUAUAUACAGCACAGGUGUUCUAUAUAAAUAUCUACACUUGAUGUUUUGAAAAUAAUUUUCUAUAUUUUUUUUGACAAUUUAAGAAACAAACAGCUCUGAAAUGUUGCAUUACCAUUCUUUUUUCAUCCUAAUUUUUGGAGUUGAAACGAAAACCUACUUUUGAUUUUCAAAGAGCAGCCUGUAUUAAAAAUAUCAUAAAUAAAUGGAGUAUUAGUUUAAAUAAAUUUUUGUGUUGACAUUUUUGAUUUCCGUCAACUCGUUGACGAGAUAUUCCACUUUUAAGUUUUGGAUAGGAGUAGAUCAAUCGUGGAGCACCAUUAAAACACCACGCGUGGUGCUGUCACACAAAUGAUGAUCCACUACUACAUACCACUUUAAAAUAAAAAUAUACUACAUUACAAAUAUGUUAUAAUUAUCAUCAAUAUUUUUAAGUUUACAAUAAUUUAAUUGUUUCAUUGCCACUAUACUAACUAAAUAAUAUUCAUCAAUUUGUCUAUACCAAAAUAAUUUUAUUAAUGAUUUUUGUAAACUACAAAAAAAAAUGUAGAGAAAUAUCAAUUAAUAUUUAUAACAAAUAUUUUAUUUUAAAAUAUAUUUAUAAAUGACUAUUUUGGAUAUUUUAAAACCAAUUUUUUUUUUUUUAAAUUUAUAUGCUUACUCUUAGUUUUAAACACAUAUAAAAUAUAUGUAAAGUAGAUGAAUCAAAGCACAGGGCUGUCAAAAUUAUUAUAAGAAAAUUAAAUUUUAAAAUUUACAUGACCCGGUAAAUUUAAAUAAAAAAAUAUUCGAUGUAAUUUUACUAUGCAAGUCUCGUAAUAUUUUCUUCUAUUAUACCAACAGACAUUAACAAGUAAAUCACAAUUUACAUGAUAAUAUUUUAUUUUUUAUUUUCAAACGAUAUUGUGGUUAUUAUAAUUUUAUUAUUUAUAGACCGGCACGUUGACUGAAGACGGGUUACAUUUUUUCGGCCUUUUGCCGUACGAUGGUCUACUACCUGACAAAACCAUCUCCGACAACAUAGUGAAAGAUUUAUCUCGAAUGGACGUCACGUCUCCGUUGAUGGCUACGAUGGCCACUUGUCACUCUUUAACGCACAUCCAAGGAUCACUAGCAGGUGAUCCGUUGGAUUUGAGUAUGUUUAACGCUACUAAAUGGGUAAGAUAAAUAGUUCAAUUUCUUUCUAUAAAAAAAAAAAAAUUAUUUCGAAUAUAGAAGAAUGAAAUGGUCUGUACUAAAAAAAAUAUUACUGUCACUGUUGACUAUACCUUAUACUCUCUCAUGACUGAACAUAUCAAACGUUGAUAAAUUAAUCAACAAUAUUUUUGAUAUCAAACCGAUUAUAUAUAUUAUAAUCGGUUUGAUAUUAUGUUAUUUGAUAGAUAGUUUAUCAACAUUUUCAAAGUAUUCGUAUUAUUAUGCGAUUUUGCGUGUUCCUACUUAUAAAUAAGAAAACAAAUUAGAAUCAAAAAAAAAUCCCUACAAGACAAACAAUUAUUGAAAAUAAUAAAUAUUAUUACUUUACAGCAAUUAGAAGAGCCAGGAGCAGACAGUUCGAGAUUUGAUACUUUAUUACCACCGAUCGUAAGACCGCCAAAAGAAUUAAACACUGAUGACGUAAGUGGUUUUCAAAGUAUCUACCAAUAAAAUAAAUAUUGAUCAUGCUAUUUAAGUGCCUACUAACUAAAAAUCGACCAUCCUUCUUACAAUUAUUAUACUUUACCAAUCACUUCUUCCUUAGCGUUUCUAUAGAUUAGUUUCUCAUCAGGACUGACCUAUAUAUCAACACUAUCCUUCAUUUUCUCUCUUCUCGAUGGCUCUAUUGCUAUUAUAUCAUUGAGAUUUUCUAUCUUUCAUAUCUUUCCAUGUUCUGUCCUACCCCACAAGAAACCAUUUCCUUUUCCACUUGUCGCACUAUCAUUCAUCCAAUGGAUUCAAUCACCUACUUCACAGUUUCUUUGAUCGCACAUAAUGAUAUUUACUUAUUGAAUAUACAAAAUUACGAUUUUUCAAAUUUUGUAAUAGAUAUUAUAUUUAAUGUAUAUUAUGUUUAUCGUAUUUGAAUGAUAAAUGUAAUUAAAAUUACGAGUAUUGUUACACAAAUUAUUUAUCUUCGGUUUCUGAUUCAGUCGUAUAGUCAUUUGAAUCAUCACUGUUUUCUUUGUUUACAUUGAAAUAUUUAAUAGUAUUUUCUUUUAAAUGCGUAAGGAUUUAACUUGGUCGAGAAAUGUUAAUUAACUCUUUCAAGAGCUGGAUGAAUGUUUAAUUUUUGUUAGUACUAAAAUAAAUUUUAAAAAUUAUAAAAUUUACCUAUAAUUCAAUCUUCAUAAAUUAUGUAGACAAAUAAUUAUUAUGUUCCAAAAACGUGCCUAUGUUUAUUUAUAUUUAGAAAUAAAAACUAGACAUAAUAAAACAUAAUUACAUAAUAUAGGUACCUACUUUCUAUCGGAAUUUAUCAAAAAUUUUAAAACUAUUUUUGGCGAGCUAGAUUUCAUUCUAUAUCAUUGUCCGUCGCUUUAAUUUAGCAUAUUCUGAGUUCUUUUUCCAUCAACGUCACUAUAUUAUAAUAAUUAGUUUUAGUUUUAAGCAACAAUUUUAGCUUUAAGUGUUAUGUUAAAAUGAAUGCUUGCCAUUGAAGAAUAAAAAUAAAAAUAUCAAAAUAGCGAUUUUUAUUUUACAGUCUCCGAUCGAAAUCGGUAUUAUACACCAAUAUCCAUUUAACUCGAAAACUCAAAGUAUGUGUGUAAUCGGUCAAAUAUUCGGCUCUCGAAAUUAUACAGUGUACUGUAAAGGAGCUCCGGAAAAGGUUAUCCAAAGCUGCGUGGGAGAAUCUGGUAAUAAUUAUAUAUUGACGAAUAUUAUAUAAAACAUUUUACUAUCGUGUAUAAUAAAUGUAAAUAUUCGGUUUUUUUCCGUUUAAUUGAUUAAUAUGUUUAUUUAGUUCCGGCAAACGUUUUUACCGUUUUGGAAAAAUUUGGUACGUCGGGAUAUCGAGUGUUGGCAUUAGCGUACAAAAACUUACCGAGGAAAGUUAAUUGGAAAUCGAUAUAUCAUCUUAAACUGGAAAAUGUAAUUAUUUGUUAUAUAAGUACCUAAUACCCUAUAUACCGUAUAUUAUAAUGUAUGCGUUCAUGUUUCUUCUUUUUCCGCUCAUUCAACUUCAUUCCAGCUAUUUGGGACCCACAACUUCCACUUGACCUGAUAUCCCACCUCGAAAAUACCAGUAUCUUCAUAUAAUUCUUAACAGCAUCCAAGCACCUCUUUUUCGGUCUUCCCCUUCCCUUCUUUCUUCCUGUGUUUAUUUGUAUUACCAGUCUUACUGGUUCCGAUUCCUCUCUUCUCGUAGUAUGUCCAAACUAGCUCUAUUUUCUCUCAUUUUGUCUACUUUUGAAACAAUGUCUAUGCUAUCUCUUAUGUAUUAGUUUUUUAUCCUAUCUUUCGUCGUUACUCCACUCAUCCAACUAAGCAUUCACGUUUCCGCUACACUCUUCUUUGUUUUACUUUUUUUCUUUAUCAUCCAACAUUUCGAACCAUACAAAAUCUCACCACACUCUUAUAGAACAUGCCUUAGGGUAUUUUAAGAAUUUUGCGUCACAUAUAUACCUGACGCUUCCCUCCACUUAAUCUAACUACAUAUAAUAAUAUGUUACACGUCCUUUUCUUUUUUUUGUGGCACCCGCGUACAUCGACGUUUAUUUAAAUUAUAAAUAAUACAAAUUGUAAAAUUAACGUUUUUGUUAUAAAUAUUUACAUUAUUUAUAUAUAUAGGUUCAAUGUGAUUUGAUUUUUCUUGGUUUUCUUGUUAUGCAAAACAAACUCAAACCGCAGUCCACUCAGGUCAUUCAACAGUUGAGAAAAGCAAACAUAAAAUGCGUCAUGGUGACUGGUAAGUAUUAUUGCUAUACAUACUAUAUUCUGUUCGAGAUAAUAAUCGUACAACGAAAAUUAGACCGGGCCCAGUUUAAUUAUAAUUACUGGGCCCUUUAUUUUUGUCCAUUAAUUUUUUUUCUUAUUAGUACUUAAUUGAAAAAAACCUUCUAUUAAUUGAAAAUUUAAAUAGCUAUACAAAUUGAAUAACUCAAAAAAGCUAGAAUAUUUUAAAAAUUGUACCACGUCUAUAAAGUACUAAGAUAAAUAAUUGAUAAAAAUAUGAAUAAAUAAACAAAAUCGAAAUCAACAGAAACUGUUAUUGCAUAAAUAUUCCAUUUUCUGAUAUUUCUUUUUCUCCUCAUCCUUAAAAAAAGGAGUAAGUACAUGGAAAAUCCAAAAAUAAUCUCACCAAUGCACCAAUAAGAUAACAUUCUGGGACUUAGGUCAAAAAGGACCAAUCUUACUUUUAAUCAAUUUUGGGAAAUUAAGAAUAAAACAUAUUUUUGGGCCUUUUUGAUAUUGCAAUAGUAAUUUUUCUAACAAUAUUAGUCUUCUCAAAUCUUACAAUAAUGAUUAUUGAGAUACCUUUUACCACUAGAAAAAGCAUAAUAUAUAAUUUUAUAUAUUUGAUCAUGUAACUCAUUUUCAACAAAAAGUGACAUUGGGCUUUUUUUACCAAGCCCCAGCAUAAUUUCUACCAAAAAUUAUCCCAUGGUGUUAAUGAUUAGAACACGAUUUUUGGUCUAAAAGUUGUUCACAGAAAGAAAAACAUAUCAUAAUAAAAAUAAUACAUUAUCAAAUACCAAUACAAAGCUCAACAUUUCAAUUUACAUGCAAAUAGUAAAUUAAAGUAUAAAUUAAAUAAUUAUAACGAUUUUGAAUAGUUCCUUUUCUGACCCAGUACGACACAAUAGAAUGUUAUAACAAUACGUUUUUGUUAUCAUUUAAUUCGCUCGAAAAUUGAAUGCAUAAUGUUUAUUUGAUAAUCAGUCACAAAAUAAAUAAUUUUUGUUUUCCAGGCGAUAACUUAUAUACCGGAAUGUGUGUGGCGAAAGAAUGUUCCAUGAUCCCGACGGACGUCAGCCUCGCAAUCAUAACGGUGACGCCCAGUACCGAUUUAAACAAAGCCGAAAUGAAAAUCGAACCUACGUUAGGCAGUAGCUUGCAGGUGAUCACACCUAUUCAAUAUUUUAGAUUUUGAAUGGAGCGAGGAAUGUAUUGGUUUUACAAAGAUGUUUAUUUUAAUUUUAGAUUCUGAGUGAAGCAAAGAAGCUUAUAGUUUUACAAGGAUGUUUAUUUUUUAUUUUUUUAUCUGUGUACAACUUUUCUACCAAAAGGCUUGCUCAGAUUUUUAAGUGUAGUACCUUUUCUGAAAAGAAAUCAGUGUGAUUAAGUACUUUAGAGAGAUUAUUUAUCCUAAGAGUUUUCCCAGUAAAUGUGAAAAACCGGGAUAAAAAAUGGGAAAACUGGGAAAAUCGGUACAACAUUAAACAAAUAUUACUAAGGAAAAUAUAUAAAGCCUAUUUAAUUACUUUACUAUAAAAUAACAUAUAUAUUGUUGAAAAAGCAUCACUAUCAAUUGAACUCCGCUCAGAAUCGUUUUUUUGUAAGCAAUGGUUUGUCAUUGGUAUACAUUAAAUUAUAUGAAAGUAGCUGCACCCGUCCCCAUUAUACUUGGACGUCUUUUGUUUUUUUAUACUGUGUAUACAAAUUAUUACAGAAAUCUUGUUCCGAAGUUCCAAUUAUAGAUUGAGUUUAAUGUAUUUUUUUUUUUUAUAUAUAAAAAUGUUAUUAUCACAUUUUGACGAAAAUCGUAAAUAUUACGACCUUUUAAAUAUAUAUAACCGAAUUCUAUUCAGAAUCGUAGUGUAUAUAUAUUAAAUUCCCCUCUAUAUCCUACCUUCCCAACUUCUCAUCUACAACAGUGUUUUUUUCAUUUAUACACGAUUCUCGUGAUACACAACAAUAUUUGAUAUCUUAAUAAUAACUAUAAUACGCUGCUACAGGUUCCGGAAGACAAACUGUGUUAUGCGAUCGAUGGUAGGUCGUGGUCCGCUCUGGAAUCGGAUUUUCCAGCUUGGUUGCCAUAUAUCGUGUCCAAAGGUCUCGUUUUCGGACGGAUGUUACCUGAACAAAAAGUGAAACUUGUCGAAUAUUUUCAAAAUAUGGGAUACGUGACGGCCAUGUGUGGAGAUGGAGCGAACGAUGCCGGGGUAUUAUAUUAUUAUUAUCUUCUUACUAGGGUCGAAUUUUAUAUCACCUAUUUUUUAGUAUAGAAAUAUUCUUUGUAAAAUAAUAAACAACGGGAUAUAAUAAUACUACAAUACCAUACUAUUUCUGAAAACAUUUUAGGGAUGAGGUUUGAAAAUUAAAACCCUCAGAGAGUCUGAGGUUCAUUUAAUACUAACGUUAUGUAUAAUGUACGCAAUUUUAUUCCAUUGGCUUCAUAUAUGGGACCUAUAUACUCAGUACCGUCUUCCUUAUGCAACAAACAUUAAAAUAAAUGCCAAAUGUUUAAAAUUAAGGUUAUUUCAUUUUUGGAAAAACAAACAACUAAACAAUAGAGUACUAACUCUUAACUACCACAGUUUAAAAUAUACAGUAAAUUUUAAACAUAGAUGUAUUGUCUAUCUAUUAUCUAUGAUUUUAUACCGUGGAAACUGGGAACUACACUCUUAUCAUUUUACGUGUUUUAAAUGUGGGACUGACCGCACUAGUUGACGCUCUGGUCACACCCUAGCCGGCUCCAGUUAAUAAGUGGGUUUAUACAUAGAAUAGAGCUGUUUGAAUAAGACACUUAAACAUUUUAAUUUCAUUUUCCAAAUUUCCAUUUAUUAAUUUUAUUUCAUCCAAAGUUCAUUUAUUUUUUAACCAAGUAGAAAAUGUUUUUUUACAAAUUACUGAUUGUUUUUAUUUACUCUCUAUUGUUGUUAAAAACAUAAUUUAUGAAGAAUUUUUUUUUGCUACCUAAUAUACCUACUACAAUUUACAUAAAUAGUUAAGUUUUUACACUUAAUAAGUAUGUCAAAAAAAAAGACGCUGUACUGAAUUAUCUAUACAUACAUCACGUUGAGCAAGUUCUCAGUUAUUAAAUGAAAAAAAAAUUGUUUUCAUCUGGUUGAAACCAUAACGUACACGAACUAUUUUCAUUCUAUAAAUAUGAUUAAAUAUUAUCCUAAUGAUUUAUUGAUUUAAAAUUUUGUUAAUAUAUGUGAAUAUGAAUUGAAUUGUAUUAUUAUAGUUGCAUAGAUUAUAUUAUAUUUGUUAUUGCGAUUAUUUACAAUAAGGAAUAAGCAAUUUAGGUACUAUCUAUAUUUAUAUAAUUGUUUAUAAUGGAUGUAAAUCUAAACCGUACAUUUAUACUGAAUAGGUAUUAUUUAUUAAGAAGGAAGGUCACGGACAAGUACUAUGUUUUACUGUUCAUUGAUUGCGCUCUAUGCGCGAUAUCUAUAUGUAUCUUAUUGGUAGAAUAUUUUUUAAUUUUUUUAUUUAUAUAUGUAGUAUCGAUAAAAUGGUGAAAAAGUGAUAAUAAUAAGUGUAAGAAAUUUUAAUUUAUUAUAUAAAAAAAUUCUAAUUGGUUAAAAAAUUACUUUAAAAUAUCUUUAGUAAAAAAUACAUUUUCUCCCUCUGAGACUCCUGGAAUUUAAGGUCAACCACCAAAUCGUUUAUAUUAUGCUUAAAAAGAUCACAGAGGCAAAAAUUAAAUUCACAAUAACUUCUUCCGGUAUGAUCUCUCUGGAAAUUUUGUGUGCUUUUAAAAAUAAAAAAUGUAUAUCUAAUCAAAGGAAUAUGAUUUAAAUUUUUAAAGAUUUUUCGUCAUCCCCUACUCGAGAAAAACGAAUAAAACAGCAUGUUAAGUAUUGAACAAUAAUCGCACAAUUUCCUACACUUCAGUUGAAGCUUUAACGUUCUUAGUGAAUAAUAAUAUAUUAAUAUAGAUACAAAUCUAACAAAAUAACAGUGCAUAAGUAGGUAUAUACUUCAUGGUGCCAAUAUCUGCAUAUUAAUAUCCAUUAACCAAUACAAUGUUCGGUUUUAAAAUAAAAAAUAAAACCAACAGCAACGAUAAUGGUUUUUACAAUAUUUAUUCAUUGGUAUAUUUAUAAAAUGAAAAUAGUUUAUGUACGCUACAGUUUCAAUCAAGUGCAAAUACAUUUUUUUUCAUUUAAUAACUAAAAACUAGGUCUACAAGACGAAUACCUACAUUGAUAAUUCGGUAAAAUUGCAUUAAUUUGUAUGGCAUACUGAUAAAGUAAAAAAAGAAAACGUAAAAACUAAACUUAGUUAUAUUAUCAAUAAUAAUAAUUCGCACUUUCAAUUUUUUUUUUUUCAAAUAUUGUCUACUAAUAUUGUCUACAAAUAUUGACUAGCUUUAUAUGAAUUUCAUACUACUGUGCGUGGGGGUAGAAACAGGUAGUAAAUACUUUUGUACCUCGACAGGCGUUAAAAGUGGCCCACGUUGGCAUAUCGCUAUCGCAGUCCGAAGCAUCCAUAGCAGCUCCAUUUACAUCCCAAGUGACUAACAUCACCUGUGUCACGAAUAUGAUACGAGAAGGUCGAUGCGCCCUGGUGACCAGCUUUGGAAUAUUCAAAUACAUGACAUGCUAUAGUUUAAUACAAUUCAUCACGUUGGUUUUACUCUACAGCGUGAGUAUAUUAUACAUUGAAUUUAUAAAUACUGUAUUGUAACUACAGGGCUCGGGAUUUUAUACGCUAAACAAUCAUUCAAAUAUGAUCUAUCAAUAAAAAAUAAUAUACUAUUUUUGCUUUUGUUUUUUGUUAAACUGAUAAUUUUAUUUACAAACAUCAUUAACAGUGGAGGUAAUCAUAAAUAAUUAAAAAAGAAAAUAAUUGCACAAUUGCAUUGAUUUUUCGUGUAUAUUGUAAAAAUAACAAAUUCUUGGAAAUAUACAUUCGUAGGAUGAAAAAACAAUAAAAAUCAUUAUAAAAUAUCCUAUCCAUUAAACAAUUUUAAAUCUAUAGAAUCCGGGAAACAAAUUUCUAAAAAAUCAGAAUUCUUCUCCUAUUACUACAAGUAGGUAUGUACUAGAUAAGUGUGCUGAAGAAGCAUGCAUUUGCAUAAAGUACCGAGCCUUGAUUUUUAUAGGCAAUAGCAAUAAUAUUGGUAGGUUUAAUAAUAUAUAAAUAUUUAUAAUUUAAAAAUAACAUUAAUUAUAAACGUUUUGGGUUUUUCUCCUGCAGCGAGGUAUUAUGUUAGGAAAUUUUCAAUUUUUAUAUUUCGAUUUCGUUCUCACUACAACGCUGGCCGUCGUGAUGGGCAAUAUCGGACCACCGACUAAAAUCAAUCCUCGCCGGCCAUUGUCCAGAAUAUUGACUCCAAAAAAUCUGAUCCCGUUAUUUUUGCAACUGUUGGUUUGCGCUUUGAUACAAAAAGCGUCUUUAUAUUACCUCGAAUUACAAAAUUGGUAAGUAUAAUUAAUAUUGUUACAUUUGAUCCUUUUAAAUAUACUUAUAUUCUUAAAAUUGUUUUUACCAUCAAAGUAAUUUUGUUACUAUUUUUAACGUCGACCAAACGGCAGUGGUAAUGCUGUAUCAGUACUCAUUGUUUUUAAUAUUUGGAAUGUCAAAAGAUUAUAUUUUCGAAUUUUCGAAUUAUGUAUAUACACAGAUACAUAUAAGUGUGCGCACAGGGGAAGUAGGAGAGGCAGCUGCUUCCUCUACGAAAUUGUUCACUAAAAUAUUUUUAAAAAACAAUUAAGGUACUUAUACAUAUUUUGUUUUAAAAUAUUAUACCCUAACGUAGUACCUUAAAUACCCUUAAUUUAAUAUAUUGGUACAAACAGAAGGGACUUUGGAGGAUUUCGCACCCAUCUCCCCCCCGAAAACUCAACCAAGCAUCCAUUCCCACUAAAAUAAAGUGCUUAUCAAGUAAAUAUUAAGUAUACAUAUGCAAUAUGUAAUGAGAGCUGUAUAUGAACUGUGACUUUUUCUAAAUGUCAAUACGUAAACUGCGGUGAAAACAAAUUUAAAAUUAUACAAACAAUUUAUUUUAUACACUUAUUGGGGAUUACACUAUAUUGUAUAUAAAUACAUACCGAUAAGAUGAUCGACAAUUGUACCCUAUCUUGUAACAUUCACGUAAUACGUAUUACGGCUUGGCGAUGAAUUGUGGAAUCUAGUUCAUGAGUUUGUACCAAAAAUGAUUUUUCUUGUUUAAUAAUAUUGUUGUUUAAGACCAAUUUGGCUCAUUAAAUUUUUUAUUUAAACAUGUACUUAAAAAUAUAAAUUAUUUGGUUAUUAUUUAUUAUCUAAAAUGUAUUGAUAUAAGAUAUUAUUUUUGAAAUCGGUUUUAACAUUUAAAAUAUUAUUAAAAAAAUUGUUUUUAUUUCAUUGUGUAUGUGUAAUUCUUCUAAAACUGAAUUAAUUUAAUUGUUAUUUUGGGUAUUUAAUAUUUCUAAGUCUGUAUUAAUACCAAAACUUAUAUUAUGUUUAUUUUCUAAAACAUGUUUAGCGAAAUUUGAAUUAAGGCAGUAUUUUUUAAUUUAAUUUUCGAAAUUUGUUCUUUAUAUCUUAUUUCAAAAUUUCUAUUUGUCUUACCUAUAUAAAAUUGAUUACAGUUACAUUUAAGUUUUUAUAAACCAGCAUUUUCAAAAGAAGGCGGAUUUUUGUGAAGUUCUUUGUUCUAUUGUUUAUAUGUUUGAUUGAAUUAUAUUAGUCUUAAAAGUGAUUUUUACUUUAUUUGUAAAAAUUCUAGUGCAUAUAUUUUUUUCUAUGUUUUUAAACAUUUCUUCGUUUAAUUUUUUAUAUUCAGCAGCGUUUUAUAUUUCGACUGUGAUAUACCUGAUGAAUUUUUAAUUCGAAACCGGUCGUAUAAUACACUUAUCAUAAUGCUCCAGGCGACAAAUUGAUUCAUUUAUUCAUUUUAUUUUUAUGUAUACAUUUAUUUACGCGUAUUAACCAUUUUAAUAUUUUUAUUUUUACUUUAUUAUUUUAUUUUGUUUAAAACUAUUAUUUAUUUUCCAUUAAGACUGAACAUUGUUGCAAAUUCCAUGUUACGAUAUAAUACUUAUUCCUACGAUAUACCUUCAUCAACUGACGUCUAAGUACUAAGUAGUAUUAUCUCAAGUAAAAGAACUAAUAUUUAGUAUAUUAUGUAAAAAUGAAUUUGGAUUUACCUUACCAAUUUAAUACAUUUUAAUUUAUCGUUACGGUAUAUACCUAAUAAUUUAUUAUUAACUUAUAUGUAUUUAUAUACUUAUAGUAAUAAGUAUAUAAAAUAUUAAAAUAAGUUGCCGCAGUUUGUAUAAUGUAACUUAUCGGGUUUUCCGCAGCUCGUAUAAUGUUAAAUUUUUUUUGCCGAAGUUUACAUAUCUAAUUUUAGAAAAAAGGAAAUUUUGCCGCAGUUUAUUAUCUCCCAUGAAGGCUCAAACACUCUUCCAGGCGGCCGGGUUACCGGAAAUUUGCCGGUGGGUACUUCUCAUGUAAGCCCUUGAUUUAUACACGUUUUCCUACUUCUAUUUUCUUAAAUUAAUUAUUUUAACUUUGUGAUUUUUUAAGUAGGUAGGUAGGUAGGCUGGGCUGGCUAUUAUUUGAAGAAUGUUUAUGAUUUAUAUUUAUAAAUGGUUUCUAUUUAAUAAUUUUCUGGUACAAAAAUAGAACCCAGUAAGCGCCUGCCCUCUUUUAAUUAUUUCUAUAAAUUGUAUGUAAUGUUUGAUUUCAAAAAUCGUCAUCCCCCUGACAUGAAUGUUAAGAUUAUGUCAUUAUUUUUGAUUUUCCCAUCAUUAAUUUUUAAAAUAGCAUUUUUCGAUUUUUUAUUCAAGUCAUUUCGGUUUUGUCUUUGAUUUUAUCAUUAUAUGGAUGUAUAAUACUGGUUUAAAACUAAAUAGACUUAUACAUUUCAAAAUAAUUCUCUCGCGUACAUAAAGCAUAUACUUAUAUACAUAUAUACAUAUAUUUAUACUUUUUUUUUUUUUACGAAUCGAUAUUUUACAUUUUAGAUUCUGAGUGUAGCGAAGAAUGUAUUGGUUUUACAAAGAUGUUUAUUUUUGUAUUGUGUACACAAAUUCUAUCAGAAAUUUUGCUCCGAUAUAUAUGCGCAGCACCAUUUCCGAAAGGAAAUAUUGAUUAAAUAGUACUACUUUUAAAAAGCAAUUUUUUAAUUUUCCAAGCAGUUUUCAUAAUACCUUGGAAAAACCAAGAAAAAACGUAAGAAAAAUGGGAAAUGUAUAAAAAUAAUGUUUUUACUAUUUUUUUCAAUUUUGUUAUUUGUUGUAAGUCAGUUAAAAAUAUUCGUAGAGACUUAAAAUUUAGACAGGAAAUUAUUAUUAUUAUGCUUUGUUAAAUAACUCUAUAUUGUCUUCUUUGAAGUAUGUUUGUCGUAGGCUAAUGGUAAAACAUAUCUAUUGCCAAUAACAAUUUUUCAUCCUAAAGAUCGCGAGUUUAAACCUGAAUUUCGAUAAAAAUUAUUUGCAUUUUUUUCCCCCCUUUUACCUAAACAGGGGAAAACAAAUGGAAUUUAGGUGUAGGUAUAACCUAUCUAGCUAUCGCUCGCUCUAACUAUUUUAAUCGAAAAAUACCUCUUGAUUUGUUGUGCAAACUUUUCUACCAGACAUCUAACUUUGAUGUAUCAAGUGUAACACUUUCUGGAAGGAAAUUUUAUGUACAUGUUACUUUAGGAAGGUCAUUGUUUCGAUCUUAGGAGUUUUCCCAAUAAAUGGGAAAAUCUGGAAAAAACCGGAAAAUAAAUAUUAUUAAAGAAAAUAUGUAAUGCAUAUUAUGUUAUUAUUUUACCAUAAAGUGACGUAUACGUAUAUUGUUAAAAAACAACACUAUUAACCGAACUCCCCUCAGAAUCGUUUCCAUCAGCAAUAGUUAAUCGUUGCGUACAGAUAUUUAUAUAUAUGUAUAUCUAUACAUUCAAUUUCCCCUAUACCUUCCCAACUUCACACCUACAACAGUGGCCUACCCACGUAUGAAGUAUGUCUGUUUUUUUUAAUACGUAAGUUAUUCGAUAUAAAGAAAAUAAGUUUCUAACUAUAUUUUAGUUAUCUACUUGUAGCUUCUUUAGAUUUUGUCCUAUAUAAAAUCGAUUUAGUUUUACUGGUAGAAAACAUAAGUAAUAUAAUAGGUAAGAAUUAUAAUGUUUGAUAUUGUAUUUCAACAUAUUAAUUAUAAUAUGAUUUAGGUAUAAGCCUACGAAACCGGCAUGGUCGGACGAUGAUGUGGUGACGUGUUGGGAAAACACCACGUUGUUUUUCACCAGUUCUUAUCAAUAUUUAAUAUUGGCGUUCGUGUUGAACAAGGGAUACCCUCACCGGAAACCGUUUUACAAAAAUUGUAAGUACCUACUUAGUUGUUUUUUUUAUUAUUAUUCUAAUGCAUGGUUUUUAAAAAUUUUCUUUUUUCUUUUACCUAUCCUAUCAGUAUCUUUCACAUUCGUUAUUAUUAUACUGACUUCGUUCACGUUACUAUUGCAAACGAACAUCGUCUCUACGUUCACGGACAUAUUCGACUUGAUGAAUCUAAACGAAUUGCGUUACGCGCACGAACAGCAAACUUUUCUACUUACGUUACUCGCUUUUCCCAUUUUGAAUCUUUAUCUGGCCGUUAAUAUCGAAGUAAAUAUACACUCUGUCUCUACUAUUUUUUACAAUAAUAUAAGACUAUAUAUUCUAAUAUUAUAAUUUCUUUCUCCCAACCAUAUAGAUAUUCGCUGAAUCGAUAUUAUUGAAAAAAAUAAUAAACACAGUCAAACGGAAAAAGAACACCAAACAUACGUACAAACAGCUAAUUACUAUUGAACCCAAUAUGUUCGUAUGAAUAUUAAAUUAUUAUUGUUACCUAUACGUAAUAAAUUAAUUAUAUUAUUUUUUGUAAUUUUUAAAUAAUAAUAUAAUUUAAAUAUAUAUAUUUACCUAUAUUUUUUUAUGGAAAACAUAGUGUAAACUUUUUAUUUACAAAACUACGUAUGGGUACGAAAAUCCGACUCCUUUAUAUUUCCAGAGUUAAUUUUUAUUUUAUCAAAAUCUGGAGAUUUUAUCUAUUACGAGAAGGAUUAACAUUUUUAAACCUAAAUAUGAAGUUUAUUACCAAAUACCAUGAAUAUAAAAAUAAGAUGUGCAAAUUCCUAUACUGUAAAAAAAUGUACGUAUGUUGGUUUCUACAAGAUGGAAAAAAAAAUAAUCAAUGUUAGUUCCUAUACAAUUCCUAUAAAUUAGAUACGAUUUGAUGAUGCAAUUAUGCGAAUUUGGGCACAGCAAUCUUCUUCUAAAAAUAUACGAUAAACGCUUUUGAAAGUUUUCAUUACCUAGAUAUAUAUAAUUAUAAUUCAUAUUUUAUCACCAACAUCCACAUAUCUUUUAAAUUUUUGAAAUUCUGAAGCUUUUUCAAGUAAAUACAUAAAAAAUGACUAGGCUCUUUGCAAUGGGGUUUACGAAUGGCUCGUUUACGAACUACUUAUUAUUGAUCAAAACCGACGGAUAUUUUUCAGGAUUAUUAAUAAUAUUUAAUUGAAGAAACAGCAGUUAGGUCUUUAAAAAGUUACAAACAUAAUAAUAAUUGUAAUUUUAUACCAACCUAGGUACUAAUAUAUUAUACCUACCUACCUAAUUGUUUUAUUGUAAUUUAUUACUUGUACCCUUUAAAAUAUACAGAUAAGCGAUGAUAUAGGAAGAAUUGGUGCAUACUAUUUUGUUUAUUUUAGUUUUUAUUGAGUGAGGUCGUUGUAUUUAUCUUGUACAUUUAAUUAAUUUUCCCAUUGGAUAUUUUCUAUUUUUAAUUUGUAUUCAUACUUAUCGGGACAGCCGAUAUAUAUAUAUAUAUAUAUAUAUAUAUAUAUAUAUUUAUGUGUAUAUAUGUAUGUUCUAAAACCAAUGCUUGUAGAGUUUUACAGAAAAAAACAAAAUAAUAAUUAUAAUACGUUAACUGCAUACGGUUCCUAUCAUAUUUAUUGUAUUUAGUGAAGCUGUACAUUUUUGUACAGUUUUUAACUAUCACAUUAAUAAUUUUAUUUAUUGAUUAUAAAUACUAGUAUAAUAGUAUUAAAAAUGUAAUCAAUAUAACAGAAAAGAACAAUAUUAACAAACAAUACAAAUUAUUUAUUACAUUAGUCAUAAAAUUAAUAUUUUUAAAACAUUACUUUUCUUGGUUUUUUAGCAGCAAACUGAUUUAUGAUAUCAUCAUAAUCUAAAGAUUCAGAAAUAUUUUUUCUAUUCAAAUUAUUGAAAGACUAGAAAGGUUUUCUUGGCUUAAAUUGUUUCUCAAAUAUGUUUUAAUUAAUUUCAAUUUCGAAAAGCUUCUCUAGGCACAUAUCAAAGUUACUGGUAUUGUCAGUAAAAUUUUAAGGUUAUUACCAAUAUUUGGUAAUCAUUCUAAAGAAUAUUUUACCACUGAAAAAGCUUCAAGAGCAGUCGUUUCUUCAUUUACUAUUAAUCUGAAAUUAACCAAUUCAUUAUACAACUCCAUGAAAUUAAUGUUUAUAAACGUUGAAGUAUAAAUAAAAUAAUUUUACUAGUAUACAUGAUAAUGAUGUUCAAUUUAUUAAAUAAACAAAAAUAAAAAAAUAAAUUAUAGACAAAUUGUAAUUAAAUCAUAUAUCUGGACUGAAUAUUUUAAAAGUAUUGUAUAGAAUGUCAAAUAGUUACCUUAUCAUCUUUAAGAAAUCGCUCAAAAGACCCUUGUUGUAAUUUCAAAAAUUUGUCUUUAUUUUGUUUUAAUUUUUUUUUGUCAUUACCACCCUUAUAUUUUCGAAACUUGUCACAAUCUCUACUAGUCAUACUACGUAGAGGUGUAAAAUAAUAAUUAUAUGAAAGUUAAAAUUAUUCUUGAAUAAAUAAUAAUACCCCUGAAUUCAAUUCCACAAUAAUAACACUAUAAAAAAAAAAAACACAUCACCAGCGACCUACUCGAGUGCUUGAAAGACAAAAACACACACACGCAGAACACUAGUGGUCAUACUUGUCUCUACUCUAUGCUGGUGGUGUAAUAUACAGUAUAAUAUUAAUUAUCGUAUAAAACCGAAAUGUAUAUAAAAAUAUUAAAAAUAGUAUUUUAUACUUCCUUAUACUUACUUAGACUUCCCGGCCGCCACCAACACCGAUAAGGCCGUCGCGACUGACGUUUAAAAAAAACCAUUCCGCAUCCGAUUCAUAGUAUAAAGAAUUAUUUUCAACAAUAAAAACUGUUUUAUAAAAAAUAAUUUAUAAGGAAUUAUAAUUGCAAUAAAUAAAAUUUUGGAAAUUCAGUAAAAUCUCUGAACAGUGGAAAUCAUUCCAGAACUGCGGGGCCUUAAUUAUAAUUUUAAAAUCGCGGUGCCCGGAGCAACUGACUCGAUUACUCCCCCUCCCCCUACUCAGGCCAUCCCUGAAUGCAGUUUAUAUUUUAUAAUUCUUUGUUCUUUUUUUGUACCUACAAGUAAUAAAUUAUAAUAAAAUUACUAGGGAUAUAAUAAUUGUAGUUCUUAAAAGGUCUAACUGCUAUUAGUCUGUCUGCAACAAGCUUGAAAAACAGCCGGCGUUUGGAAAAAUAAUAAGUAGUUCACAAGCGGAUUAUACCACAUCGUGAAGAACCUAUAGUCGUUUUGCAAAAAUUUUCCAUAUAGCCUAUGAAUAUACAAAUAAGUACCACAAACAGCAGUACAAAAAUGUGUAAAUCAUACGUUGAAAAAGUAAAUUGCAUUAAAGAAAAAAAAUUUAGAACAAAGGUACUAAAAAAAAAUUAAUUAACACGAUUUUGUUUGGUAAGUAUUUAAGUUUCAGAAAUAAAUCAUAUAAAAUAUAAAAUACUUUUUUUUUACAAUCACUUAUUUGUCCGUUUGACUACAUUUAAUAUUUUUUAUAAUUAUAUCCAGCGCCACGGUUGUGGUGCAGAGCUAGGUAAAAAUUAAAGAGCUUGUGCGUUGACCGCAGCAUAUUUCACGAGACGGCCAACUCCUAUUUAAUGUGUGUAAUAAUUCCCGGUAUUUUUCCUGAAUCAAAUUUCCCGAAUGGAAUAUAUCCCGAAUAAUAUUUCUCCCGAAAACCAUAUUUCACGAACCCUUUGGCCUGAAUGUUAUUUUUCCCGAAUAAUAAAUUUCCGAAUAUGAUAGAAAAAACAAAUAAAUGUAAAUAUUUUAUUUAUUUUUUAAUUAGAUUUGAGCUGGGAGAUAUACCUAUUAGAUUUGACCAGGUAACAACAUUUAAUAAUUGUGAUACAUACGGAGAAACACAUUUUUAAAUUUCUGUUCAGUUUGGUUGAUAAAUUUCACACGGCUCUUGUGCAAUAAUAACUAAAAUAUUGUCUGUCGAAUAUUUUGUAAUCUUUAUUUUUAUAAUUUAUUGUUGUAGUUGUAAAUAUCAUAAUUUAUAUAAAAUCAGUGUAAACAUUUGUGAAAUACACGUAAAUAAACAUUGAACAUAAUUAUUAUUAUCGUUUUUUGUUCAGUAUGUUUUAGUAGUUAUAACACGCAUAGUUAUGUGUCCAGAGUUUUUGAAAUAUGGCACCAAACACUGGCAUUACAAUUUUGAAAGACACUAAAUUAGUUUAAGGUAGCUUCGUAUAUGUGCGGUCUAAAUUGCCCAUUGAUAGGAAAACAUACUGGGAGUGUAAACAAGUACGUGGUAAUAGCUGUGUAAAAGAGAAGUAUCACUAAAAUUUCUGAACAAAAAAUAAAUUUCGUACGAGAACCAACUCUUGAAGACCAUCAACAUGUAUUCGGGUAUUCAUGUAUUCAAUAUUCGGAUAAAACGAUAUUCGUGUAAAAUCAAUAAAUAGUAUUCGGGAAUUAUACCAUUCGGAAAAAACUACCUUCGGGAAAAAGGUUAGUCGGGAAAUUUGAUACGGUGAAAACGACGAGAACCUGUUUAAUUUUACGGAAAAUGGUCCGACCUCUAUAUAACCUAAUCUAACUCAUAGUGUGUAUUUAAAUAGUGUUAUAGUAAUAUUAAUAAAUUAUAAAAUGGGGAUAUGAAUAUUCAUGUAAGCAUUGCAUCUUUAUUUGUAGUUUUAAAUAUUAGUAGCCGCCAAGCUAAGUUAAAUUAUAUUAUGCAUUAAAUCAUCAUAUUUCAUCAAAUACAAACAAUUAUAAACAAUUUAUUUUUCUAUACUAAUAAAUUUAAGAAAUUACUUAACUCCUUUUCGAUAUCACAAGUUUUUUAACUUGAGUUUUUUUUUUCUUAUCGAGGUUUUUACAUGUAGUUAACUGUGUUGAUAUAUCACUAAUUUUUUUUAUUAAAAUGUAUUAUAAUAUUUAUUUUACUUUUUUAAGAUAUUUUGACUAUAUUUUAAUACAUAUACCAAAAUGUUAUAAAUUAUAACAUUUUAUGUAAUAUAAUAUUAUAAGUUAUAAUAUUAUAAUUUGUUAUAAAAAUAAUAGGUGUUGGAACUUACGUACAUCAUUUUUUUCAUGUCAUAUAUAGGAACUUUCAUAGGCAUAUCAUUUUUCCACUGUGUAGGAACUAACAUUAAUUAUUUUUUUUUACCUACUGGAUGUCAUGUAGGAACUUAUAUUCGCUCUACCCUCCUACUUCUCCGGCUACCAUCAGUUAUUAUUGUUACUCUGAGGACUACUUACGGUAAUAUUUUAAACUUGACGAACCGAAAAGAAAACAACGACGAACUGACAUCAUAAAUACGCAAGAGGUAACACUUUACUGUACAGUACUUUACACUUAAAUCAUCUUUGACGGACAUCGCCAUCACAGAAAUUAUUCUCCCUGGUUCAUCGGCUGGUGCAACCGUCCGUCGUUGUCGUCGACUCGGUCUUUAUUCAUUUUCGUUUAUUUCUAUAUGUCGUACGGUACCGACAGCUGCUUCAUUGACAAUCAUUUUUAAGGGAUUUUUUUUUCUAAUUUAAUAUAGUACGUUAUAUAUUAGUUCGUUUAAUAUUAUCAUCGGUGGCGUUAAUAAGAUUAGGUAUAUCGUCAUCGUCGCUAUGAACUGGUUUGAUUACCUAUUACUCGGUGUUAUUGGAGCCACAGCCAUUUGGUGUAAGCAUAAUAAUAUUCACCCGAUUUAUGUAUAUAACUCUUACAAGUUAUUAUUAUUAUUAAAUAGCAAUUCGUUUUAUACAUUCAAAUAAAAUUAUUUAGUCAGUCAGGGGAUUAUCCUACAUACGACCUACCAAUAUAAAAACCAGCAGGACGUCUUUACAAAGUGAUUCUUUUACUAUGGUCCAGUGAUUUUCUCUGAAGACCUUAAGUGAAUUGAUUUCUGCUUUAUUUUAACAUAAUUUACUAUUUUUACCCUACUCCUUAUUAUUUAUUCCUUAAAUACUUAAAUUAGUAUUAAUAUUUGAUUUUCAAAUGGGACUCCCGUUUUAAACACAGAUUCGCAUAGAGAAAACAAUACUAUAAAAAUUCUGAUAUGCAUAAUAUCAUUAAUCAGGUAGGUAAGUAUACCAUUUAGGAUUAUAAAUUAUAAUACCUAACAGUUAAAAAAUGUAGACCUGAUAGUAAAGAAUAACUUCAUAUCCAUUUUUGCAUCAUAUCAAAAUGUUUAUGAAAAUAAUAUUCUCUAAGCAAAUCAAUGUUUAAAGGGAAGGGGAGGUCUUGCAAUUUGAAAAUCCAAAGUGUAUGUUCAUUUAAGUGUAAAGUGAAGUAAGGAUAAAAAUAGUGUUAAAAUAAUGCAUAAACAAUUGAAAAAAAAUUACAUCAUUAUGUAUAAAACUGGGUAUUUUUAAAACAUACGGAUAAACUUUUUCAGGGGAGGGGGAAGAAGCCGUCGAUAAAAAUUUAGCUCUCGAGCUAAAUUUUUUCUUCAGAAUUCGUUUUGUGAACGUAUUUACUGUGAUUUAUUACUAUAUAAUAAACAGUAUCUAUAAGGUCUAUGGAAUAAACCUUAAUAGGUAUAUAUAUAUAUAUAUAUAUAUAUAUAUAUAUAUAUUCUUUCGAACACUAGUGUUAAAACUUGCGUACGAUUAUUUUUGAGUGAAAAUAAUAAUAUAGCUUAUCAUUGUAAAAAUUAUCUUUUUAUGUUAAAAAAUUAUGUUUUAAACUUUAAAACAUAAUUUUAGAACAUAUAAAAUUUAAACGUUCUGUUACGAGAAAAAUUCACAACAUUCGGGAAUUCCUCUUUUUUAUCAUAAUGCUUACAAUUUUUAGUUAAAAAAAUUAAUUAACUUUCCCGUUUUUGAUCACUACCCAUAUUUAAAUUUAGGUGGUUCAUUUAAACUACGUAAAAUGCGUUAGUACUGGCUCUACGCCACUGCCGACCACAACUGUCAAAUAUACUGAACCUAACCAGGCGCGUCCCUGAAGGGGAGGACGAUCGCCCCGAACCCCCAUAAGCCAUGUGAUGUUCUUUUAUAAAAUAUCUAUGAUUCUUAAGUACAAAUAAGUACAAAUGCAACUGGUUCCAAACAUAAUAAAGAUAAUUCCGGAUCUUGGAAAUACUUUGAUUGAAACAAGAAUGAAACAUUUCUCAUUUAUAAAUUUCAAUAAAUAUUCUCUUAAGGAUGAGAUAGAACUAUGAAAAACUAAGUGGAAACAAUCAAUUUGCACAGAUAUAAUAAAAUAAUAUAUUUUUAGAAUCAAAAUUAGAAUUGAUUAAUUUAAUUUAAUUAUUAGAUUCUGAGUGUAGCGAAGAAUGUACCUAUUGGAUUUAUAAUGAUGUGUUUUUUUUUUAUAUAUAUAUACUGUGAUAAAAAUUUGUAUUUUGGACUUGGUUAUAUAAUUUGUAUUAAUUAUUAUUAUUUUUGUUAUUCACAUUAUCAUUAUUUUAAUUAUUAUUUAUUUAAUGAGAAAAAAUAAUUUAACUUUUAAAUUGUACUGUUUUACUGCAUUUGUACAAUAUAUCUGCAGUCUUUUAAGCUAAUAUAAGUUGAAAUUACAUCAGACAUAAAGGUUUUAAGUUUUUGUUGACCAAAGCGGUAGUAUUCAAGAGUAAAAAUUGUUCGCCGCUCAUCCCCCCCUUCCCCAUGGAAUUGACCCGAAAACGCCUCUGAGCAAUACUAUUAACCGAGCUAUGCUCAGAAUCGAUUUUUGUUACCAAUGCUUAAAUUUACUUAAGUACAGUUAUACAUUAAAUUUCCCUCAAUAUCCUACCUUCCUAACUUCUCGUCUAUAACAGUGUUUCACCCAUCGUGCGAAGUAUGUCCGUUUUUUUUCUUAUCAAUAAUUAAUAUUAAAUCUAAUUAUUUCCCCCCCCCCCCAAUAGGCAAGGUCUGGAGACGCCCCUGAACCUAACCUACCCAAUUGUUUUUUUUUUUUUUUUUUGACAUGCAGAAUAAUAAGUAAUUAUAAUUGUAAAAAAUACCGUAGUUAAUGAAAUAAUAAUAAUAUAAUAAUAUAUUACUAUAUAAUCCUAUUAAUCCGUUAUGAUUUUAUAGUUCUGAAAAGGCACUUGCAUCGCAAAGGAGCCAAUAA